AUGGCAAUCAUCAAAGUGAGUUCUCAGUGGGGUAUGUGGACAUUUUGGAGACCUAAAACAUGGAGAGCAGGGGACGAGGAGGAGGAUCUCUACCAAUGGCUCAAAAAACAGCAGGGUUUUUGUUUAAACCCCCUUGCCUAUUCCCUGAACAAGCAGUCCCAUGUUGUGUUUACUUGCAUCCUUAUGCUGCUGGGAAAUAGCCCCAGCAAAAGAGCGCCACAUGGGUGUGGGAAUUGUGUGGGAUGAUCAGGAAUUAAAUAGAAAGAACCACCUGUGACUCUAAAUCAUCCCACCUGCCAGUUCUGUGCAAAACUUUGCUGCCAAAACAAUUGAGGAGGGUGGGGGGAUGAGCUUUCAGUAUGGGUACCAGUUGAACUCACUUUCUUCCUCUCCCAUACCAUAUGGAGAUACAUACCCCAAAUUCACAUUGUUGACCCCCUUCUCACUUCAUAUGGCAAUCAGUUGCUGUGACUGUCUCAGUGUUAACACCACUUUGGAGUGGGUAUAAUGUGCUGGGCCCGGGGGCAACCUGAGCAACGUGGUCCAGGUCCGGUCCCGAAUCCAAGGGUUCCAUGAGGAGUCAGUCCGACAGGACCUAGGCAGGAAACCAGGCAGGGUCAGGCACAGGGUCUCAGGCAGGUUCUAGCAAACAGCAACAUUGCUCCCGCAACCUGGGGCGGGGUCUGACAGCCUUUUAUCUUUGUCGGGGUAACGGCCGGUCCUGAUCCCCCAGUCACUCACCUCCCUGCCUUGUCCGUAGGCGAGCACUCCUCCUGCGAGUACUCAGGUCUCUCCUUCUCUCAGACCUUAGUCUCUGCAGCUCGGGAGAUGUUGGUGGGUUACUAGACCCAGAGGCCGCCUCAGCCUCUCUGACCCAACUGGUAGUGGAACAGCUGUAAGUGAUUGCCCAGCUGAAGGCAACGAGGUAAUCCCCAUCUGGAGCUAGGGCAGGCUCAGGCCCCUGACUCGGCCCAGCUGGUGCUUGUUGCAGGGGUACCUGUGCAGGCUGGGGCUCUUCAGAAUCAGGCCCCAGACCUGGUUCCGAUGCUGCCUGAGGCAAAGGAUCUGGUGCGGACUGAGACUCCUCUGGUUCCGAGCCUGAGCCCCAGGCCAUCACAUAUGCAAAGCAGAAGCAGCUGGAGUGGUGGAGCUGAGGUGCUAUCCUAGCUUCCUGGCAGGUGCGUCACUGUUGUUUACCAUAAGAGGAAGAGGGAAGUUGAUGGGGAGGUUGUCGUGGUGCAAAUGCACAGGCAGGGGCACCAGAUUGGUUCUGCCUCCUCCUAGCUCCCGGUAAGCAACAGCAACAACCUUCCAGGAAGCUAGCAUAGUGAUGUUAUCCCAGCCCUUUGCAAUCCACUUCUGGUGCAAAGCAUGACGGGCAGACACAAGUUCCUAUACAGGGAGUUAUAGUUUAAUACAACUGCUGUGUGUAGGGCCCAGUUGUUGAGAAUGGAACCUGCCCUUCAUAUGCCACAUGUUUAGUGUGAGAAUCCUAGAAGUAACCCAGUAAUGGUGCUCACAUGCACGGCUGCCAUGCAGAGAGAUAAGUUGCUCUGACUUGUGGGGAUCUUGCGGGGAGCUUUCCCAUAUUAUUUGUUGCAAAGUUUUUAAAUGCCUUAUUUAGGAAACUUUUUUUAAAAAUGCACAGGAAAAGCAAUAUAGAAAAACUUUAAGGAAAAGCAUCUAUUCUGAGGAAUGGGGAAACAUGUUAGGCAUCAGAAUGCCAUCAACUAUAGCACUGUGUAGCAGUAGUGGGAAGCAUAAUAAAACUAAUUAUCUUUGAGGGUUUUCUCUCUUUUCUUUUUUCUUUUUGCAUGCUGUUGGAAAUUAUCAUAUAAAAUACCUCUACUACAAAAACAAAGAAUUUGUGUAUCUAAUUAAAGUGGCUAUUGUUCUAUUCUAGCUGUCAUUCUUGGCAAACUUACCAUACUCUGGAACCGCAUACUCUGAGAUUGAAAGUGAGCAUAGGAACGCCUGCUUGCUUGGGGCUUCAUCAGAGCUUCACCCCAGGGUCACAGUGAACGUAGGAUGGUGGUACAUAUGGCCCUGUCUAAUUAAUAGGGCAUUUCCCAGGUCACUCUCACAAGGUAACACACUGAAAAUCACUGAUGGGUAAAAUAAACUAUCAAUUUCAUACAUCCUAUACUGUCUCAGCAUCAUUUCAUGGGGCAAUUAAUGCAAAAGCAAUUACAUAUCUAUGCACCGUCACAAAACAUGUCUUAUAUUUUUCUGCUAUGCCAAUCCCCCCCCCUACACACAGAGAUCACUUAAGAGUAGCAGAUAGCAUCUUUUAAUUGGAUUAGACUUGGAGUGACUGGCUGUGUACACACCAUAUAUUUGAAGCAUAUGACUUCCCCCAAAGAUUACUGGGAACUGUAGUCUGUUAAGAGUGUCAGGAACUGUAACUCUGUGAGGGGAAACUGCAGUUCCUACAAUUCUUUUGUUGUUGUUGCGGGAGGGGUAGUAAAUGUGCUUGAAUACGUGUGGUGUGUAUGCAGCCUCAGUCCAAUCAUACAGGCCCUCUCUCUUGCCAGCCUCCACACUUCAGAGGCUGGGGUGGAACCACUGCACAAGGGCCUCCUUCUGCAAGGGGCCCUCUUGUGUCCAAACACACUCCUUGUUGUUUCACCUGAUUCACCUUGCUCAACAAGAAAAGCCUUGGUCCAAAAAAGUGCCUGGAGUUUGUGGAUUGAAGAGAAGGGGGGAACAUGAAACUUUGUCCUCAGUGAUGCAUUGCUCGCACGCUCCUUCCAUCGCAUCUUUGGUUUCUUAAGCAUCCAGACCAAACUGUUAGACAGUAAAUUUUGUUGGCAUCCCUGCCCCCCCCCCCCAAUCUAUUAAAAUCAAUGUAACGCUUACACCUCUGGUGAUUUGGAGAUGUGAAAGGGUUCCACAUGGCGAUUAGAAAUGUUCCAGUAUGAACUCUUUCUUUUUCUUUGCACCACUAGAGUUUUCCUACUUACUUCAUCUCCUUCCCAGCUCCGACAGCCCCCUCGCCAAUCCAGGAGUCUGUCCUCCAACUGCAUAGCCACUUAUUAGCAGCCCCAGGUUCUGUUAUUGCCACUUAUUGUAUCCAAGCAUAGUGUGUGAUGUCAAUACGCAGAGCCUGCUCCCCUUGCCUUGCCUUCACACACACAAAAAGGACACACAUCACAGGAAGCCUAUAGAGCUGCCUGGUGGCUCAACGCAGUGUUUUUGAAUUAGCUGUAACCUCAGACCAGACUGUGACCAGGAGAUGAUCUUAGGCCAUGCAUGGGUAGGUACUGGUAUGUAUGUAGGUAUGUAUAAAUGUAAGAAAAGUGAAAAGACAACAAUUUGUUUGGAUAUCAGAGGCACAUUAGCAACCGAUCUAUGCAUUCUUUUCCACUGCUCAGUUUUGGACUCUAAAGAAUUCAUUACGGCAGAGUUCCAAGCCUGUCGACAAAAGCUUUUGGCUCUGGACCUAGAAAACCACAUUAACAGCUGCAGAUUGUAUUAGUUUUAAGCUUAUUAUGACUUUGCAGACUCAUUUAUCGAUUACUUUUGAUUGUCAGGACAUCCCAAAUAUAGAAUUAAACAACCUUCAGAGAAGCCAAUUAAGUUUUGUAAUAGUUGCUGCCAACUUUUCCUUGCCAAAAUGGGUUGCUGACAAUACGUUGGUGGCAGAUUAAGCUGAACCGAGGCAACGUGCUGGUUCACAUUUAACACCAAACCAUGACUCAGAUGCUCUCUCUGCAUCCCUUCCUCCUCUCCUCCCAUGCUUCAGUUUCCUCUGUGACUUCCUGGUUCUUGUCAUUUGUGCUUGCCCUCCAAAUCAGAAUCAGAAACAACAGCCAAACUGUGGCUUUGAAUUUCAAUAUGGAGGACAAGUGCAAAGUAUAAUUUGUGUUGUGUGAAUGUGGGCCUGAUUCAGCUAAUGAGCCUCGCUACUGGAAGCCUGCACAGGGACUUCUGCUAGCGCAGUGGGGAUUUCCCCCUUCCUCCCCCCCAUGUAAAACUGUCCCAGCGGGUGGCGCUGUAGUCUAAAUCACAGCCUUUUGGGCUUGCCGAUCGGAAGUUCAGCGGUUUGAAUCCGCUUGACGGGUGAGCUCCUGUUGCUCUGUCUCAGCUUCUGCCAACUUAGCAGUUCAAAAGCAUGCCAGUGCAAGUAGCUAAGUAGGUACUGCUGUGGUGGGAAGGUAAAUGGUGUUUCUGUGUGCUCUGGCACUCGUUGUGGUCCUUUGCUGGCCACAUCAUCCAGAAAGCUGUCUGUGGACAAACACCGCCUCCCCCGGCCUGAAAAGAGAGAUGAGCACUGAACCCCCUAGUCGCCUUUGACUGGACUUAACCAUCCAGAGGUCCUUUCCCUUUACCAAACUUGUCCCCAAUAUUGGCUUAUGCGCAGCGAUGGGGCAUUGGGACAAUCCCUUGAACAGUCCACUGCGGGGCGAUGGGAGGGGGAUUUCUCCUUCUGGAAAUCUGAAAUGUUUCCGUUGACAGAAUGAUUGCCAUAGCACUUUGCUGAAUUCCUCUCUGGGAAAUCAGGGAGAAAAUCAAAGCAAAGGAAGGAUGGGUGCAAUCCUAUAACAUGUUCCUGGUUUGUAGAUAACUCUGGCUUGGGGAUGAAUUAAUUAUGAUCCAGUUAAAAAGUUGACAGCUACUUCCAAUUUAGCAACCUCUAAAUUCAGUGGGUUCCCAUAAUUUCUCAUCACCUCUAGAUACUAGAAUAGCUUUACUUGAUGCAGCACCACCAAUGUUUCUUCAUGCAUCAGUAUUGCCAGCUAAUGGGUAACAUCCACCUGUGUUUUUCCACUAUCAGAAUAGACUUCCACUCAUGCAAUAGGACUUCCUCUUCCUCCCCCCCCUCCAAAGCUCUUGUGCUGGGGGUUGAGGCUCCAAAGUAGAUUUUGGAGUGCUGCAGCAUGGAGAAGAAGAAGGGAACACCAACUGUGUGAGUGGAAGCCCACUAAUGUGAUGUUGGAUAUCACCCAUACUAAAGGAAAUAACUCAUUUACUUGCCAUAACCUCCAACGUCUAGCCUUCAGUAACGCCAAAAACUACAGGCUUAUAAAAUACAGUACAGAGCUUUUUGGAAUGAUUUUGUGGUGGUUUUAUAUGUUGUCAUAAUUUAUUUAUUUUUUCAUUUCAUUUGAUUUUUUCAUUUUUGUUUUAUGAAGCUGUUGUGUGCUGGCAGGGAAAGCUGCUUAUUCUUGAAGGCGGUAUAAUAAGCAAACAAAUAAAGGGUAUAAAUCCAGUUCCACAUACCCCAAAUCAAAUAUAAUCAAGCAUGAAAUUGAGUAUAGUUUAUGCCUUGUAUAUUUACAAUUAAGCAAUGGGCAAGAACCAUAUAUCUAGGUAGAGAAAGCUCAAAUUAGAUUAGCAUGUUGCCAACAUUGCCCCCCCCCAUAACUCUGCUAAAGAGAUAAGUUUGAUGUGGUAUUUCAGCUGCCGUACCAACUUCAUUUGAUGAGGGAGGGGUUAUCAGUGCAAGCAGGAAUGCUGCUCAGCAGUUGUGCCUUAGCAACAUUUCCUUCCCAUUUUUUCACCCAAACAUGCUAAGUAACCCCAUCAGAGCUUCCAGAUCAAUAUAGUUGACUAUGGGAGGCUAGCACACACAGGAAUGGUCCCUAACCACCUGCUUUUGCUGUGAUUCACUGUUCAGGGAUAAUGCCAGAUCAGGACUCAGUUGGUUAGAGCGUGGCGCUGAUAACACCAAGGUUGCAGGUUUGAUCCUCAUACGGGACAUUUCUGCACUUCCAGCUCUAGGAUUCUAUGACUAUAGUUGUAGGAGACUAGAAACCUUCCUCUUUCUGUGUUCUGCUUGCUGUAGAAGUGUCAGUGGUUAUCUUUUGGGCAUAGUGGGUUCUUCUGGUGUGUGAGACCCCCUAGAGGGCAGGAGGACUAGUAUCUUGUGACUUACACUAUCAGUCAUCAAGAAAAUAUUGCUUUGAUAUCUAAUCCCAUUGGCUUUGAAUUUGUUCCCUACUGUGAAUUAAAAAUAUAAAAUAGGAAUUAAAAAUUAAAAAAUAUAAUAUUUCAUUAGGCUAGGCAGCACUCUUGAUCAUAUAGCUUGUAGACAAGAUGUGGUUUUUUUGUAUUGCGCAAACCUUCCACUUCAAGUUCCUGUGAGUUGCAUUUGGCACCUUAUUACCAUAUACUCAGUGAACACGCAACUAAAAAAUUGACCCAAGUGCAUGAACAACAUUAAAAGUUCUGACAGUGAAGCAGUGUUUCUCUUUUCCUUGUGCUUGUGUGAAAUGAUCUGGCAAAAUAGAUGCUGCAGAAUUAAUGUGGGGGUUGUGUGUGUGUGUGUUUUCUUUCAGAAAUGAUAAAUGUUCUUGGGACCAUGCCUUGCCAAAUGCUGAUUCGGCUAACAAAAGGAAUUGGUGUUUUGAAUAUUUCUUGUACUGUAUCAAAUCUGAAGUCUUAUGGAGAUUUGCAUAUUCACUUCGUGAAUGUGACAAGAUUCUUAUCUAACCUGUGCUUGUCAGCUUUCAUUACUUUCUCCUCCACUUCAAAACAGUUAUUUACUGCUGACUUUGAGUCUGUUUUCUUCUCUUUAGUAGUUUUAAUGCAUGUGUACUGUUAGAAUGAUUUUGGUUUAGUUUUGUUUAAUGUGGUCAAUGGAAAAGAAUCUCUGGGCACACAUAUAUAAUUAACUCAGAAAGAUACACAUAUAUAAUUAAAACACACAAUGAAUAAUGCAAAGAUAUGACCUCUUAUAACAUAAUCCCUCACCUAAAUCAGUUUAAGAGUUUUGUCCUAUUUAAUCCGAGCAAGGAGUCUAAUCGACCACAGAAUUCAAUAAGGUUCAAGACAUGUGAACUUUCAACUGUGUAAGGCAGUGGGAACCAAGUUUUACAUAAUGUGAUGUAAUGUUAUUAUUUCAUAUGAUAUAUGAUAUAGUAUAAUAUAGCAUAGCAUAGUAUAUCUCACCUUUUCUCCAACGAGCUCAAGGUGACAUACAUGGUUUUCCCUCUCCACAUUUUAUCCUCACAAUAAUCCUGUGAGGUAGGUGAGGCUAAGGAACAGUGACUGGUCCAAGGUCACCCAAUGAGUUUCGUGGCUGAGUGAGGAAUUUGAAUCCUGGUCUUUGCACUACUAUAGGAACAAGAGGAAACAGCUGGUUUCAUAUCUGUUGCACUGCCAUAUCACUUCAGUAGAGAGUGAUACAGCAGCUUUUAACUAAGUAGGGAUCAGGUGCCAUAGGGCUACAUCUAGCCCUAAAUAAGCUGCUAACUGUCUUUGCUCUUCAUUUUGAGCUAUGUCUUGCUCAGGUGCUGGCUGAGGAACUCACUCACCAAAUCUCUUUGAUUCCUCACUGAAUUGCCUGCCUUGUCCAUCUCUCUGCUGGACCAUCGGUCUGUCUUCAGGCACCGGGAGAAAGGUCUGCCUGUAUUAUUGCUCUGACUGAUUUGGAUAUUGCUGUGAAGUUACAUAAUUCCAGAACUGUGUCCCAUAGGUAGGGUUUUCCUGACCCAAUGUAGCAUCUUCAACUAGAUGAAAACAGAUUGGAGCCUAAAGUUGGCCGUAGACAUCUCACAUUCACUUUAUCAAGUAAUGGCUGGGAUCCUAAGGAGCACAUGCAUGCAUGUUUUUCAUGUGCACCCAGAUCUCUAGGAUUCAAAGAGCAAUUUAUGGAGUCUGGCGCAUACAUUCAUGUGUUAGCAUAGUCAAAAAGAGGAGAUUAGCAUCUGUAAUAACAGUCUGUAAGCGUGGUGGCUAAGGGACUGUUCUAUGAAACAAGAAUCUUGAUUUUAUUGCUAUGAAUCAAUAACUUUGAUUAACCUUGCCUCUUUCAUGAAUACUCCAGAUGGCCUUAUGCAAGCUACUUUCUCUUAGCUUGAUACCACCACCUGCUAUAUGGAGGGUAAUACUGACAUCUUACAGUGUUGUUGUAAGAAUGGAUAAUGUCUCUGAAUCUCUUUAAACACUUGUGCGUGCUAUGCAAACGUUAAAUACUAUUUAUUGUUUUAAUGCAAAUAUUUAAGGCAACGAACCCCUGGAUGACAGUAAUGCACUGAGCAGGCUGUAUCAUUCCCUCUAAUUGUGAUCUCAGCUGGUGAAUAACUAUGCCUGUUUUGUGGAAACAGACCACUAAGAAACAUAGAAAAGAUUUUUAAACCUGAUUUUUAAAUCCUCCCUAAGAACCCCAAUCAGUUCAGUGAGGACUAAGCAAGUCAGGAGAAUUAAGAAGGAAAAAUGGAAUAGACCAGAGCUCCCCAAUGUGAUGUUGUUGGACUACAACUCCCAUCAUCACUGGGUACUGACCAUGAUGGCAAGGGCUGAUGGGAGUUUGAGUCCCAGCAGCUUCUAGGAUAGAGUAUUUUGGAGAAGGGCCUGGCUGGCUUGAAAGAACUCUGAAAAGGAGGCCUCCUGCUAGGUGGUGAGGAUACAAUCCCUACAUUUUAGGAUAGAAUCAUAGAGUUGGAAGGGAUCCCAAGGAUCAUCUAGUUCAACUCCCUGCUAUAGAAGAAUAUGCUUCCUUCUGGGGCUUGAACCUGCAACCUUGGCAUUAUCAGCACCAUGCUCAAACCAACUUUUGGUUGCAUGUCUUGCCAGUACUGCGUAACAUAUAUAAGCUGAGUGCAUUCAUUUCUGCUUUUGCUUCCUGAUAUGGGCUUAUAGGUCUUAGAUUUGAAAACAGUUUCUCAAGGUACAGAGUGUUAGCAAACUUUAAGGAAGACUAAGGUCAGUUGCUAAGGAGAGAUCCUUUAUCAGAAUCAAAUAUGUUCUAUCAGAAAUAAACAUGAUGGGGAAUUGCCUCUCUGCUUCUUAACCUGUCAGUAUAAUGAGUAAAGUUGUUUUUUUAAGGCAGUUGUUUUAGAUAUUGAUUUUAAGAAAACCCAACCAUGAUCCUUGAGGGAAACAUUAAACCUUUAAUGCAACCAGUUUGCCUGAAAUGUCUGCAGUUACUCAGCUGUUUCAUAUAUUCAGCACUCUCAUCUCUCUCACUGAGUGUUUUCUUUAAACACACACACAGGUCUUGGAAUCCUGUGAAAAGUGAAACCUCCAAUUCCAGAGUGUAUAUAAAUCCUUGAGGACUUGGGUAGGGAUAAAAUAAGAAAAGCAAAUUUAACUUUGAUUUCAAUAACUGAAUAUUGAUGGUUUUGACUUGUAAUCUGCCUGUUUCUUCUGUUCACUGUCAUCUUCUGAUUUUCUCUAAUCAAAAUGGGAAGGAAGUAGCUAUUGAUCUUAGACAAUAUGAUCAAAGGGAUGAGAAAAAAGCAUACUUUCUUACUUGUUGAUGAUGACAAAUUGCUCACAAAUUGAGGGAGAAAUUGUGCAAACCCUGGCAUGUUCUGUUUGUAAAGAAAAUGGGCAGGUGGAAGGAAAAGCACCCUCAUUAAAGUAAUCCAAUAUAGUUCUUUUUUUCCCUUGUAAAAGAACCUGUGCAAUCCUGUAUACAGUUUCCUGUCAGUAAAAAACACACACUGAACAUAAUAGCAUUUGCUUCUGAGUAAAUAUGCAUUGGCUUAUGCUGUUAAUUUGGUUAUUACGGUUCAUAUAGGCAGGUUUGCCAGCAGAACCUACUUAAAAGGCACUCUAGAAUGCUCUCUUUUUACUACUGCAUGUUUUGAUGCAUUAAAAAGGGGUAAAAUGUCUCAAAGAGCCUGGAAGGAAAGUGUAAAUCCAAGUAUCUUUAGAACACAUAGUAUUGCAAUUUGUACCAAUGUCAAUCAAGUUAUAACACUUAAAACUGAAUAAGAGGGAAACAAUAGUGAUGUGGCAUUUUCUCCAUGUUCCCCCUCCCACCCCCAUGAGAUAGGCUUGGAAGGGGUCAGCCAGUAGCAGCUGGUGUUGUGGGGCAGUUUACCUGGAUAGGUCUGGGUUGGGGCAGAGUGGUGGUGGGUGGGAUCAGGGCUGCAUGGAUGCACUUUACAUUUGACAACCAUGCAUCAACAAUUGCUACUGUACAUUAUGGACUCUUUGGAGGCGGUGCUGUACAGCAGAGCAUUAUGGGGCAUAACCUUUGGAUUAGCCCUGAAUCAAGGCUUAAGCAUGGCCAAUGGACCCAUAGGUAGGGCAAAUCACAGCACAUAGGUAACUGAAUGUAAAAGCAUGGGUGAAAUAGCCUGCUUUUGUUAUCUUUGGGAACCACCUAGCAACUCAUUUCUUUUCCUACAAUAAUUUGUGUGUGUGUGUGUGUGUGAAGCAUCUCCAGGUCUGACUCAUAGCUCAGUCGGUAGAGCAUGAGACUCUUAAUCUCAGAGUUGUGUGUUUGAGCCUCUGUUGGGCAAAAGAUUCCUGCAUUACAGGGAGUUGGACUCAUUACCCUUGGUAUCCUUUCCAGCUAUACAAUUCUAUGAUUGUAGGUUGCACACCAAAAGAAGUAUUUCCCCACAAAGCUUGAGAAGUUACACCAUGUAUCUAAUUGCAUUAGAUUAGUUCUGCUGUUCCACUGAGCAACUUCUUUUUCUCCUGCAGAAAUAUAAAGAAUAUGAGAAGGAUGUUACUGUAGAAGAAAUUGAUGGUCUUCAGCUUGUGAAGAAGCUGGCAAAAAAUAUGGAGGAGAUGUUUCACAAAAAGUCUGAAGCUGUACGGGUAGGUAGCAGAUAAAAUUAUCUUUUAUGUUUUGGGUAAUGAGCUUGUACUCCUGGCAUCUCAGUCUGAUGCUGUGGACAUGGACCGACAGAAAGGCCUUGGGAGAACUACGCUAUAUGUGGCCUUCUAUAAGAGAAGAUCUGAAAGAGUACUAAAUAUCCGUUUUGAAGCAAACAAAACAGAAACCUUAAUCAUUUGAUACUACGUUUUCUCUUUCUUCUGCGCAUUUCAAAUUCCUUCUGGGGAGUGUUUUAUUUAGAAAACAUAUGUCAAUGUCAAAGGACAUAUACAUGUUUUUAGCAAACUGUGUACACCAAAGGAGUAAAAAUGGACACAGUCCCAUACUUCCUUCCUCACCUUCCUGGUUGCUACACUCUGUGAUUGGUGCAUAGUUGUGACACAUACACGCUGUACUCCAUAGUCAAUAUUUCUUACAAAAGAAAACAAUUCAGAGUCGGAGACCGGGAAUUAGAUCUCAGAAUCUACCUGUACUGCAGAAGCAAAUGAAUUAUUUUGAAAGCCAUGUAGCCAGUAAUUGGUACAUGGCUUUUUACUAUAGCUAUUUUGUCUUUCUAAGAGGACUUUCCUGAGGAUUAGUUACUGUGGACUUUUCAGUUCAAUCUGCAAGGACUUAAAAAAAAAAAAAGUAAAAGUAAAAAAAAAAUCCAUAUUAUAUGAAGAACACAUUUAAAAAGGAAUGAAAAGCAAACAAAAGAUUUCCUGGUUCAGUAAGCAGGACCGUGGGUUUUCCGCAAAUUAGCAAGAGUGCAGAAAGUGUAUUGGACGCAGGAUUCAGCUUGUUGAGUCUUUUGGCUUCCUUUUUAAAAAUGGCGGUAUGUGUGAAGAUAUGCUAAAUGUGCUAAGACUUCUGAAGCCAGUGGGAUGGCUGAGGAACAUUUUCAUUUGAGUGGACAUGGAGAUUCUAUGCCCUGCAGAGCUCAUUUCCCCUCCCUGCAACUAGCAAAACCAGAAUGGAUUGUGCAGAGGAGUAAGAAUGGCAGUCUGAAUUAUGUAAGACAAAAUUCUAGAGCAAGAAGAAGAUUAGGGGUAUUUUGAUCAAUUGCAGCUUGGGGUGGAUUUAGGCACACAUAAUUUCUGUCAUGCAGAGAUUCAAAGGACCAGUUAUUUUAAGCUGGCAGAAAAUUGGAGCAGAAGAUCUACUUCUUUCUGAAUCCUGCUGUGCUGCAAUUGUAAAAACCACUCUGUUUUAGAAGCCAUUCUCCGGUGACCCUUUGCAGUGUUUAGAUCAGGGGUCAGCAACCUUUUUCAGCAGGGGGCUGGUCCACUGUUCCCCUGACCUUGUGGUGGGCCGGACUAUAUUUUGAAAAAAAUAUAUGAACGAAUUCCUAUGCCCCACAAAUAACCCAGAGAUGCAUUUUAAAUAAAAGGACACAUUCUACUCAUUUUAAAACACGCUGAUUUCCGGACCGUCCGCAGGCCAGAUUUAGAAGGCUAUUGGGCCACAUCCGGCCCCUGGGCCUUAUGUUGCCUACCCCUGGUUUAGAUGAAGCAGCCUGAUCCUAUAGUCCAGCUAAGGUCACCAUUUCUCAUCUCCCCUUGUGUUGGACAAGUUAGUUAAGUACCCCCUAUCAGACAAUAGUGCUUAUCAGCUUUUUUAUUGGCCAGUGGAAAUCUAAGUACUUUAUGAACAGUAUAAAAAGUUGGAAACUCCAGGUCAGAUAACACUUUCGAGCAGUAGCUACCACACUGCUCUGAUUUUGUAGAUCAGUGCUGGGGAAUUAGUCAUUCUCCAGUUAUGGCUAGAUUUCAACUCCCACUACCACUUUAAAUCUCUUUGUUGGCUUCCUCAUCUUCUUCACGUUUGUGUGUGCAUCAUGGAUAGAUAGUCCCCUCUUCUGGUUUCUCCGAUUAGAAAUCAAUCAAGGAGAGGAUUUGAGAAGGAAGAGACAGCUUACAGAACUCUAAAGAGUGGCAACUCCUAGCUGCUCUGCAUGGAGUGGAGCUUUCAGUGCAGGGCUCCUCAGGAAGUGCUGGAAUGUUUUGUUGCCUCAGAUUAGAGCCAACAAACUGAAGCUCAGCCUUGAUAAGACUGAUACACUGUUAGUGGGUGGUUCCCUAGACUGGAUGGGUGGGAAGUUGCCUGCUCUUGGUGGGGUUACAUUCCUUGUGAAGGAACGAGUAUGCAGCUUGCGGGUACUUUUAGAUCCUUUGCUGCUGCUUGAAGCUCAGGUGGCCUCAGUGGCAUGGAGUGCCGUCCAUCAGCUUUGGCUGGUGGCCCAGCUGUGCCCCUAGCAGGAUAGGGAUAGGCUAGCGCCUGUCAUCCAUGCUCUGGUAACCUCUAGAUUAGAUUACUGCAAUGUGUUAUAUACAUGGGGCUGCCUCUGAAGAUGGCUUGGGAACUUCAGUUGGUGCAGAAUUUGGCGGCCAGAUUGCUCAUUGGCGCAAGACGGUUUGUGCACAUUAGACUGAUCCUGGCCUGACUGCGCUGGCUGCCAAUUAGUUUUAGGUCCAAUUUAAAUUGCUGGUUUUGACCUUAUAAAGCCUUUAACAGCUCAGGACUACAAUACCUCAAGGACUGCCUGACAGUGAUGAGGGUUUGAAGAUUGGAGUGAUCAUUCUGUGAUAUUAUGGCAGUGGACAAAACUGGAUUGUAACUUUUGAACAAACCUGUUUUAAUUAAAAUAAAGACAGUAUUUAGGGGAGCGUAACUGGUUCGGUUCUCCUGCCUACCUGGCAGUUCAAAAGCACGUCAAAGUGCAAGUAGAUAAAUAGGUACUGCUCCGGCGGGAAGCUAAACGGCGUUUCCGUGUGCUUCUCUGGUUUGCCAGAAGUGGCUUAGUCAUGCUGGCAACAUGAUCUGGAAGCUGUACGCCGGCUCCCUCGGCCAAUAAAGCGAGAUGAGCGCCGCAACCCCAGAGUCGGUCACGACUGGACCUAAUGGUCAGGGGUCCCUUUACCUUUAACUGGUUCAGUUACACUGGGCAUGGAGCCUCGGGGGCACCGCAGGGGAUGCCACAACUAUGAUUUAGAAUGGAGCGCAAGAGGCAAAAGCUUUCAGAUUUUGGUGGUGCGCAAAGCACUGCUGAAAUUUGAGACCCCAAGGUUUAGGGCCUCUAAUUAAUUAAUCAAGUUAAUCUGCUUUGACUGAUUAACAUUUUAUGGCCUUUUAAAUGUGUUUGUGGGGAGGGGGUUAUUAGUUUGUUUUUGUUUUAUUAAGUACUUUGUGUUCUCAUUUUGUAUUUUUAUGUUGUGAACUGCCCUGUGAUCUUCGGAUGAAGGGCAGUAUACAAAUUUAAUUAAUAAUAAUAAUAAUAAUAAGGCACCUUCCUCACUGAACGAUAUGCUCUUCACUGACAAUCUCCAUUGCCACAAGCAUGGUACAAUGCAAGAUGCUCUGAGAUCUAAAUAUUAAUACUGUUUUUAUUUUCAAAUGAUAUCAUUUACUGAAAUGGUCUCCUAGCAACUAAUUGAAUUAGCUGAAAAUCAUCUGUGCUAACACAGCAUGUUUUUCAUUGAGAGAGUUAUUAUAUAAGAGUAAAAGAGGAUUAUUUCAGAGCCUUUUUUUAAAGCAUACCUGAAACAUUUGGAGGAAAUUGUAAUUAGUAGUGUUGGUGAUUUUUGAAUACUCCCAGUGACAAAAAAAUGUUUCCAUAAUAUUUUAAUAAUAUUUCCAUAAUGUUUUAAUAAUGGUAUUUGAAAUGCAUGUUAAUACCAAAUAAAUAUGACUGGCAUAUGCACAACUAUGUACCAUGUACCAUGGCAUAUUCUAAUGUUCCUCAGCUGGUAUAUUCUAAGUGCAGUUUAUACAUCCUCUAGAUUGGGCAGUCCAAAAAGCUGAUUAAUAUGAUGUUUUAAUAGCAAAAUACGAAACUUAUAGGCAGGCUGUGAAAGAAAUAUUUGGGCAAAUCAAUUGACUAAUAUAUUUGAAUUGGUAAAUGUGCCCAACUGAAGGUCAGGCUCUCAUAUAUGCUUUACUUUAUUCUUACCUAAUUUCAUGAAUUUAAUUCUGAACGUUCUCUCAAUUAUUUCUGAAGAGAAUUAUUGGCCAAAAGCCACCAAACAAAGACAUCCCCAAACUCCCUUAUUGAGCAUUUUGCUCUUUGUCUGCCCAGGAUACACUUCUUGUUUUAUUAAACAAAUCUUGGAUUCUGUCAGUUGUCAAUUCUUCAUAGGCAAGAUUAUAUCUUGAUUUCUGAAAACUAAGCAGUUGCAUAUUCUUAAACACUACCUUCAGCUGUGCUUUAAUUCUUCUUAUUUGGUGCUGGAAAUUCAAGUGAAAAUGUUCAAUGUAAAUGUUCUCUUCCAUGUUCUUUCUAUGACUAUCUAAUCCAGUCUUCUCCAACCUGGUUUUGGACUAUACUUCCCAAUAUCUCUGACAAUUGGCCAUGCUGGCUGGGGAUGAUGGGAGUUGUAGUCCAAGACAUCUGGAGUAGAAGGCUAAAGUAAUUCAGCCUGUGUUGCAUCAGCAUGCUUCAAAUUUGGCUUGGAUGCAUCAUUUUGUAUUUUUUUCAUGUUGCACACUGGCUUGGGUUCCUUCAGGAGGAAUGGUGGUAUAUAAAUGAAUGGAUUUGCCAGCCUCUUUACAAGCAAACACCUUAAUUAUUGUUUGAAUAAUCAAGCAUGUGUUGGAGGAACCUGAAAUCAAACACUGUUUUGUUUGUUCAGGCACACUUUAUCUAGUCAAUUACAGAGUGUAUAUUUUUACAAAUGAAGAGAACAUUCUGUCUGCCACAAUAAUGUACCUGGGGAGAAGAGAAAGAGUCAUGUUGCUUUCAUUAUAUUCAUUUGAAGAAGGCCCAUAGAAGAAGAAGGGAAAGCACCCAAGAAAUUGACCAGGCUUUGUAAAGGUCAUGUGCCAAAUGCAGUACCAGCCUUGUUGCUAAAAACACUUGCUGAACCUUUUCUGUGGCAUGAAAUGUUUUUAAGUGACAGUUUUCAUUUUACUUAUGUAGAGUGCUUUUAAAGAUGGCUGUUUGAUUUACAUUGAUAACACUAAAAAUCCCUACUUUCUGAAGUGCAGUAGAAUAUAUAUUCUUCUCUUCUUCUUCUUUUUGAAGCCUUAAUGCCUUAGCCUUACAGGAAAAUGGGGAGAAAGGGAGAUUCACCCCCCUUUAAUAGUUUUUACUUUCUUCUUGCCCCUUUUUCUGGCUAUCUGGUGUUUGCUGCAGAAUUGAUUUCCAUUAUAGGUGUACUGUGAAAAGUAAUUGCUGUUGUACAGUAAUUCAAUUUCAGCACAUUCACGCGUCAGUAAACCAGCAGGGUUUAUCAAGAGAAAACAGGGACAUUAAAGCUUUUUAUCAUGAAAUUUCACAUGUACAGACACAUUUUUGCAAGGAGCCGAAUAUUGGAAUUUGCAUUUCAUAAACACCGCUGACUGCAGACAAAUAUUUUUCUGCCCACAGGUGCUUUUACAGCAGGCUUGCAAAUUGUUUGCAGUCAUUAUUAGUAUGAUAUUGUUUAGGUUGGUCAAUAUAAUGCCAGUACAGUUGUACCUCGGAAGUCGAACGCCUUACGACUCGAAUGUUUUGGCUCCCAGAUGCUGCAAACCCGGAAGUGAUUGUUCCACUUUGCGAAUGUUUUUUGGAACCCUAACGUCCAACACAGGUUCCGUGGCUGCCGAUUGGCUGCAGGAGGUUCCCGCAGCCAAUCGGAAGCCGCGCCUUGGUUUCUGAACAUUUUGGAAGUCGAACGGAUUUCCGGAAUGGAUUCCGUUCGACUUCUGAGGUAUGACUGUAUUACUGUCAUGCAAGUAGUGAAAUGGGUUUGCUAGUGAAGGGCCCGUGGCUCAGAGGUGGAACACUGGCUUUGUCUCUGCUUUGCGUGCAAAAGUUCCCAGGUACUGAACUAGAUGAACCAGUGGUCUGAUGCAUACUAAAUCAGAUUCAUACAUGUGUUGUGUAAGUUUUUUCCUUGCUGCAAAUACAGUGGGUUGGAUUCGGACUCUGCUGCCAUCGGUGGUAUCAUCUCCCUGGUGGGGUGGGUGGGUUUCCUUUUGAACAGUGUGGAAGGUGAAGUCUGGAUUCAACCCAAUGUUAAUAUAAUCUAAGUCCUAGGUUGAAUUCCGUUUUAUUUUGUUUUUUUAAUACAUACAACGUCCCUAGACGCUGGAGACCUCAUGAUGCAAGGGAGACAUAGGCAGAGAGAGCGGGGAGGAGAGGGAGAGGGAGAAGUGAGGAAGGAGGGUUAAACAAUCUACCAGUCUGGCACCUAGCCUACACUUAAAAUAAGAGGCUCUAAAAAAAGAAGCUCAUGCCAUCUAUAUUACGGAAGAAAGUCCCCAGGUAGGGCAUCUGCACUCUGUGGAAAGUUCCUGGGCAGACUGACUGCUUUCGUCAGCUGCCUGCUCUAGUGGUUUGCUGCUGCCUGCAGGAGGCAGGGGAAAGCCAAGUCGGCAAAGCCACAGGCUGCAGAAAUCUUGAGCGAAGCGACAGUCCACAUUGUGAUUAGCUAUAUAUUUCCAGGUUGUUAUUAUGAAACCAGUUGUCAUGAUGUGACUUUCAUACUGGUUUUGGACGAUUAUCAAUACAUCGCCCUAAUGCCUGCAUUGCAGAGGGUUGGACUAGAUGGCUCUUGGGAUCCCUUCUAACUCUACAGUUCUAUGAUUCUGCUCCUGGCUAACCUCUCUUCUCUGAGUCUACCCACAAUUCUCUUAAAUUGACCCUCUUCAGUGCCUUGGAAUGGUUGGGAUGAUCAUUAGACCAUGAGACUCUUAAUCUCAGGGUCAUGGGUUUGUGCCCCAUGUUGAGCAAAAAGUUUCCUGCAUUGCAGAGGUUUGGACUAGGUUUGGGAUCCCUUCCAGCUAUGAUUCUGCUGUUGGCUAACUUCUCUUCCCACUUAAUUCUUUUAAAUUCCCCCUUUUCAGUGCCUUGGAAUGUUUCUGUCAAUCACAAGCAGCUGCUCACCAGCUUUCCAGAAAGGUUGAGGCACUGAAGAUGCAUUUACCUUGUGGGGUGUGGGGAAGGGAGAGAGACUUUGUUCUGGCCAUAACCAAUGGCUUUUCACAUAUGAGCCUUCAGAAUGGAGUUGCUGCCACAGGCAUUAUGUGUAGAUGUCUUUUAGUGAACUGAAUAGAUUCACUGGUCAACAACAAAUUUGUUGUCUGCGUUUUUUCAGUUGAUUUAGGACGAGUCUGAUGCACUGAAUCCAAAAAUCACAUUGGUUUUGCUCAAUCAGGUCAAGUUUCUGAGCUAUGGCCACAUGUCGUUUUUGUUCACAUGUACGCUUGUGUGGAGCAUUUUAGAAGAAGUUGGUGGGGGUAAAAUGCCAUGUUGAAUAAUGGUUUUGACUGGAAAUGAUUAUUUUAAUGACAAGAAGUAUUCAGGUCCGAUAGUUCUGGGUGAUUAUGUCGAAAAGGGAUCAGUUUGAAGUCAUAAAACCUCGAAAUCUUCCAUAAAUUGGUGCGGCAAAGCAUAAAGUUGGGGGGUCAAAACUAAGUUAAUCCUGAUCUUCAAUCAGCACAUCGUCCUGUAGCUCAUUGUGAUGAAAUUCCAGUGCCUAUCUUCGGAGAACUUCCUGACAUUAGUGACGAAGAUGCCUCCAGUGUUGAAGGACAUGAAGAAGAAGAAGUGGUUCUUGAAGAUGAUGCUCCACAUCCAUUUUCCUAAAAGGAGUUGAAUGAUCUAGUUCGCGACCUCAGCUUGUCAAAGGACUCUGCCGAACUGUUGGCAUCAAGAUUGAAGGGAAAAAACCUCCUCUCUGACAGUGCUCGCAUCAGCUUCUUCCGCAACAGGCAUCAAGAGUACCUCGGUUUUUUCUCGGAAGAGAAGGACUUGGUGUACUGUGCAGAUAUUGCGCAGCUUCUGCUCAAGCUUGGAGUGCCACAGUACGAACCCAAAGAUCGGAGACUGUUCAUUGACAGCAGCAAGCGAUCACUGAAAUGUGUUCUGCUACACAAUGGCAACCAGUUUGCCUCUAUACCCCUGGCUCACUCAACUACACUGAAGGAGCACUAUGAAGCAGUGAAGUAUGUGCUGGAGAAAAUUGGUUAUGAUCAGCAUAAGUGGUUUAUUUGUGUUGCCCUGAAGAUGGUGAAUUUUUUGUUGGGACAACAGUCUGGCUUCACCAAGUACCCAUGUUUUCUGUGCAUGUGGGAUAGUUGGGACCGUGCUCAGCAUUACACGAAGAAGGACUGGCCUGUGUGGGAGGAAUUGGUGCCUUGCAGAGAAAGGAACGUCAUCAACGACCCUCUGGUGGACAGAGACAGAAUACUAUUCCCACCGCUGCACAUCAAGCUUGGCUUAAUCAAGCAGUUCACCAAGGCUCUGGACAAGGAUGGUGACUGCUUCACUUACUUGUGCCAGGCUUUUCCAGGAUUGACCAUGGAGAAGUUGAAAGCUGGCAUCUUUGACGGUCCUCAGAUCCGUCAGCUCAUCAGAGAUCCAGAGUUCGGAAACUCAAUGAACGAAGUGGAACUGGAAGCGUGGAAGGCAUUUGUUCUGGUAGUGAAGAACUUUCUUGGCAACAAUAAGGCCAGAAACUACACAGAACUUGUCAACAACAUGCUGACUGCUUUCAGAAACCUGGGCUGCAACAAGAUGCACUACCUAUUUUCACAUAUGGACCGGUUUCCUGAGAACCUGGUUUCAAUGAGUGACGAGCAGGGGGAGAGGUUCCAUCAGGACAUGAAAGAGAUGGAGACCAGGUAUCAGGGUCGCUGGGACGCAGUCAUGAUGGCUGACUACUGUUGGACUCUGAAGAGAGACCUCCCUGCCGCUGAGCAUUCCAGGAGUUCCAAGAAAUGGAAGUUCAAGCCCUGAAGUUUGAAAAAUGGUGAAGCAACAUGCAAUUUACGUGUACUUACCUUUAUCAAUGCCCACCAUUCAGUUUACAGUAAACCUGACCUGAUGGAGAGAAACGGAUGCCAUUUCCUGAUUCAGCAGUGCAAAAAUACCCCUAAAUCAGUUGUAGAAAUCUAGACAACAUUCAAAAAGUAAAAAAUUGUUGCCCAGUGAUGAGUCCUGGGGAUGGGGAGAGUGUGCGUAUGAAUUCAACAGUGCUUAGUGUAUUUUUUGGGUGCUAUUUUGUUAUUGUUGCUAAUAUUGUUCAAUAGACUAUGAAUGCUAUAGUACUUUGUGAAUCCUAUAAUAUGACUUUUGUUGUAUUUAUUAUUAUGAUGCUGUUUUGCUUAUUUUGUUUUAGUUGUUUUGUUAAUGGUGUUUUACACAUUGUAAUUCUAUAUGAUUGAUGUUGUAUUUCUGGUGUUCCAUUAUGUUAUUGUUAUUUAUUGUUUGUAAGCCAGUUUGCGAUUCAUGUCAAUGAAAAGCGGCCUAGAAAUUUAGUAAAUCAAUCAAAUCAAUCAAUUCCCUACCUAGAAGCUUUGUGAAAGGCUGUAUAAAAUGUUUUCACUCAGGAGCCAAAGCCUUGACCUUUUUUGAAUUCUUAGUUAUGUGUAAUUACUUUGUGUUUUAACAGGACAAUACAAUCUCUUACCCUUCUGCCUCUCUCAGCAAUGUCAUUGUGUUGCAUAAUUUAAAUCUGCCCGUUUUUAUAUACAAACAAAUAUACUGCCCAUAGUAAUUAAUUAUUUUUUAAAAAAUGUAUGGUUAUAUGAUUUAUUUUUUAUAAUGCUUAAUGUAUUAUGUUUACUAACUGCUUUAAAAUAAUCACCCCCUUUCACAGACACAAAGCGAGAGAUGAGAGAGAGAGAGAGAGAGAGAGAGAGAGAGGGCGAACUUGAAUGAUUAUGGAAUUUGUUUUUUAUCUCAAGGAUAUUGUUUCCCACUCUAGCCUUGAAGAAGUGACAGGAAAUCCUUUUCAACAGUAUAGAAAAAGUGUAUAAUAAAAUACACAGCACAUAGAAAAAAUGUAUUUCCAACUGACAUUUAAUUUUAUAUAUAAAUGUGGUUUUCUCUGUACCUUUCACAAUAAAAAAUGUAACAUAUUAGAAUUACUUAACAAAGGCCUGUUCCUUUUUCUCCCUCCCUCCCUUCUUCACACCAUUACCAAUGCCCAGAAAUGAAGGUGUGUGCUAGAGUGUGCAAAAACUGGCUACAGCUAUUGCCUUGAAGACUUCCAAAUAGCUCCCAGAAUCCUGAGGAUCAUGUGACUUGGCCUCCCCCCAGCAGUGAUUAUUCAGUACCACACAACUUUAUUUAAUUUAUAACUUCUAGACCUUUUUUUAGCCUUCAGACGCUGUGAUAUUAAAAUACAAAAUAAAUUUAUACAGUUUUCUGAGCACAGGGCUGAAAUGGGCUGUGGGAGGAAUGAAAUUAUGGUGAAUCAACCAAGUUUCACUAUAAAUAGUCUCAACUGACAGAAUAAAGACAUAAUAAAAUAAGAUGGCUAUAAUUGUAUUAAUUACCAGCAACAAAUGAAAGGGUUUCAACGAUAUUUUUAUUCAGUAUUUCAGCGACAUGUUUUGCUGGUUCCUUGUAUUAUGACUUUUGUUCACGCUUUGGCCAAUCAUAAAGAUACGUUUGUGUGAUCCUAAUGAACUGAGAACCCCUCCAGGCUGAUUUGGACAUUCCACAGAAGUGGGAUUGUCAGAGCAUGGUUUUUACUCAUUAUUCUCAGUGCCUUUUUCUAAGCAAAGCAGGUAUAGAUGGGCCCAGGGCUUUUUUUCAGGCGGAACUCACUGGAACUCAGUUCUGGCUCCUCUCAGAUGGGCACCAUUGGCAUUAUAAGAGAACAAGGGAGGCAUUCCAUGGUGAGUUCUGGCACUUCUUUUCCUAGAAAAAUAGCACUGGGUUGGCCCCAUUUAUGGUGACAUCCACAUGUGAGCACAUGGAUUUCAUUCUUAUUGAGACAUACGUUUCCACUAGCAAUGCAGUCUGAUACAUCUCUACACAGAAGGCAGGGCGCCGUGUCAGAAGUUAAAAGUGCAAGUAAUUCGGCCUCCUGCAGAGUAUUGCCUCUACAUGAUAUUGUGAAUUGUCCCUCAGAGCUGAGCUUGGCACAAGAAGGUAUAAAGGAAAAAGGAGAGCAAGCCCACAGAAAAACAGGGAGGGGUUGGCUUUGUGCCACUCUUGUCUUUGCCUGGUCUGUUCUCCCAGCCAGCAAGUGUGUGUGUUUUGCGCUAUAACAUUUGCAUGACCUGUUUAAUAUCUGUUUGUGCUGCUUGUAUUGUUUGCCUGCCUGCUGAGUGAAUGCAACUGUUGUAGUGGUGGAACUCCUUGCCUAUUGAUACCAAGCAGGUACCUUCACUGUAUUCUUUUUGGCACCUGGUAAAUACAUCCUUCUUUAGUCAAGCCUACCCAGAUGCUUAGAAAAAGCUGCUGUGAAUUUUGAUCUGUUUUAGUAUUUUAACUUCUUGUAUGUUUUAACAUAUUGUAAAUAUCUCAUGAUUUUAUGGUUUUAUCUUUUUGUAAACCACUUUGAGGUUUUUUACAAUCAGUUGGUGUAUAAAUUUCGUGAACUAAGUAAAAAUCUUUUCCUUCUAGCAUCUCUUUUUGCUUUUCAUGGAAUGUGUUGAGAAUAACCACAUUCAUUAGCCCCCUUUAUUUGUUAAGGACAUGAAUGAGGCUCCUCAUUUAAAAGGGAGGCAGGGUUGCACCACUGGCUCUGCCCUCAAUGUCAUGUAGCUCCUUGCCCUAAGCGGUCAAACAUAAAGUGUAUACAUCUGCAGUACGGAAGCCUCUGUGUGUAGGAUUCCAUGCAGUCCUGUGUUAGCCUAAUUUCUGAGAUGCUACAUCCAGAGGGUUCCCUACUAUAGACAUCCAAGCUCAGUGUAUGGAUGCUGCUGGGCAGGGCUAGGGAACUACUUGAUAUUGGAGGCAGUCAGCAGCACAACCUUGCUGCCCCUUCAACACAGGGUGCCCCAUUCUUGCAUAUACUAUUCUGAUUUGUUUACCUGCUGCAGUGCAACCCAGACCUCUGCAGUUUAUAGUAUUUUACAAUGCUGUACAAUCUUAAGUAUGUCUACUCAGAAGACAGUCAGAAGAAAGCCCAACUGAGUUCAAUGAGUCUUACACCCAUGUUAGUGCAUGUUGGAUUGCAACAACAAUGUACACACCAAUCUGCUGCUGCAGCAACAACAACAACAGUAAAGUAUGACUGGGGCUGGACUGAAAACUUAAGUCAUUUCUUUGCCUGGUAGUUCAUAAUGAUCAGACUCAUAGUAGGUUUUUUACUCCACAGAAUAAGAAAUAUGCAGGAAAUUUUCUGUGUUGUGGGGAGCAUCCUGUUACCAAGAUUUUGUGCAAGCAUUUUCAGAGCAUGGAAGUAGAUUUUUCACAUUUUAGGUGUUUUCAUUACACAGAUAGUAGCUAUUUAGGGAAAAAUAUGCCUUUGCAGCAGGAAAAGAUUAUGAAGACUUAAUCAAACAAGUAGAGAAUGCAAACUUUCAUAAUCAUUUCAUGUAGCUCAGGGUUUUGACAUGAUAUGUGUAUUUGUGUGUUGUGGCACACACCAGACCCACACAGAUUGUGAGUAAUAUAUAUGAUGAUGAUGAUGAUGAUGAUGAUGAUAGCAAUAGGCUGAGACUGAUGAGAAAUGAAACAAAAAUCUCUUGGCUCUCACACAUAGCAAUAAUAAUAAGACUGAGUGAAGUAUAAAUAAAAUAAAACAACUCAGGUUAAUUAAGAAAGACUCAAACGCAAGGCCCCAGACCAGUAGCUAUCUAAGGGGGAUCCCACUGCAAUCUACUAAAACAAAUGCGAAUGGAAACAACAAGGAGACAACAGAAAAUUAAAAUGGAAUGAAACAAACUACCAAUGAUACUGAAAGGGGAAAAAUAAUGCGUUGAAAAGGGUGGUAAUCAAAAUGUGCUAGCUCCUUGUCAACACCUUAGGACCUGUGGUACUAGGUAGGGGCCUAAGGAGGACUUGGGACCUUAAGAUGUUCAGAAGGUCCUGGGAUCAACUCACAGCAUUUGCACAUAGGACUAGGAGAGAUUCCUGCCUGAAACCCUGGCAGCUUCGUAUGUUCCAUUGGCUGGAUCUCUUAUUUGUUUGGUUUCUUUAUUCAUUUGUGCUCUUCAUUGGGCAGCUCUUGCAUUGUUUGACCUUUUUGUUCUUCUGUGUACAUGCAGAUAGAUUACCACAACAUGCAUAUAUGUUUAUUAGUCUUCAAGACAGGUGUGGUAAACCUGUGGUCCUCUGGAUGUUGCUGAACUGCAACUCACAUCAACUCUGGCCAUUGUUAGCCAUGUUUCCAGUAGUUCAGCAACUCCUGGAAGGCCAAAUGUUCCGUACACCUCACAAGACUCUUUAUGGCUUCAUGUGCUUUAGGAUCCUGUUUUGCUGCAGUAUUAAACCAACUUGCAAAAAACACAGAUACAUUUACUCUAGUUUAGGUGCCCAAGUACAUUCUUAUAUUAAUAAUGUACUUUGUCCUGUCCCCCUUUAGCAUCCAUGCAUUCCUACAGUUUUAUUUAUUUAUGGCCCCAUAGAGUUUCCAUUGAAGCUAUGUGCCUCAGCUGCGUGUUUUGUUGUAUCAAUGGAGCUUAUUAGAAUAUCUCUGCAACAUGCAGAUAAGAGAGAUUAUUCUCUUUGUUAUCAGAGGUUUGCAUCUGCCACCCCUCCCUAGAGAAGUUGCUUUUUGUAUGGUAAUGAUAUGUCAUUGGCUGAUGUUGGAGUAGGCUUGCAUAUGGAUUACUUGGUGUGAGUUAAUUAAGGUCUAUUAAGGGUUAUUAAGCACAAGAAAAGAAUAAUGAAUAAGGUUUAACAGCUUUCUCUGCAUAGUAUCCAUUAAAGCAGAAACAGGACCUCAGCGUGAAGGACUAACAGGAAGAAAAAUUCCACACAUUUGCCUUUUGUCCUACUUUACCUAACUGAAAUGAUCUUAUGUGUAACAAACCUUAAGCAUGUCCACUUAUAGUAAGGGCUGAUCAACAUGUUGCCUUUGUCAAUGUGGAGAGCCCUGGAGUAGCGCUGGCUAUUAUGCCAUCCUUCUGCUUGACAAUUGGGUGAAUUUCCAUCCCAGAAUCUCAUGCCAAGGUUUGCGCUAGUGUGGAUGCAGAAGGUUCCAGGAGGUCAUCCAGUCGAGCCCUCAAUCUCAUAAUAACAUAUAUAUUUGCUUACUAUGUCUUAGCUACCAUUCUUGACCUUGAAAGUCAAAUAUUUAUUUCCUUUUUUGUUCUUUUACAUAAAAAGUUGGAAAGGCCAGAUUUCACAAACAUGGCUCCUUCUUGACUGUAUCUUAACAAAAUUAGAAAGUGAAAUCAUGAGCACAAGGGAUCUGGGUGAAAGGGGCAGAACUUGAAAGAUGCACCAUUCUGACAGCACAAGAGCAUUUUAAUAUAUUUCUACUGGUUCCUUUGUAACAAUGAACUUUAUUAAGGCAGCAAUCCUAUGCACCAUACUUUAUUAAGGCAGCAAUCCUGUGCUCCCUAGAAGGCAGUAGGACUUACUUCUGAGUAGACAAUACCAUUUGGAAGCCACCCAGAGUGGCUGGGGCGGCCCAGUCAUCAUCAUCAUCAUCGUUGCCGUUAUAUGCUGUUCAUCAUUUUACAGAGGAGAAAUGAAAUAUAUUUGGAAAUGCAUCCUGUAAUGUUACAAACAUGAUCUUUAACCUGUGAACUUGUUAAAUGAAUUGGUUUAGAAGAAGAAAAAGAAGAGUUUGGAUUUGAUAUCCCGCCUUUCACUCCCUUUAAGGAGUCUCAAAGCGGCUAACAUUCUCCUUUCCCUUCCUCCCCCACAACAAACACUCUGUGAGGUGAGUGGGGCUGAGAGACUUCAAAGAAGUGUGACUGGCCCAAGGUCACCCAGCAGCUGCAUGUGGAGGAGCGGAGACGCGAACCCGGUUCCCCAGAUUACGAGACUACUGCUCUUAACCACUACACCACACUGGCUCUCGUUUAUUUGAAAUAGCAACCCAUUGCAAGCAAUAAUGCAACAAGUGAUUUUAAAUAACUCAUCCUGUGCAUCUUUUAAAAACAAAUUGUCGUCCCCCCCUCCAGAGAGUGAACAGCCAAAGAACACUCAUUUUCUUAGACCAUUUUAUUGUUCACAUGAGCAGGCUUAUUUAUUUAAUUAUUUGCAGCUUUUGCCAAAACAGAAAAAAAGAAUAUCAAAAAUAAGAGUAGAUAAAGUUGCACCUUCUCUAAUUCUGACACCGAGACAGAUGAUUUAAGGUUAGCUCAUGGUUCCUCGCUUAAGUGAGUGCCGUGCCGUGUGUUUUCAGUGAUCAUUCACAGCAGGUCUAUAAAUACAUUCCCAGGGACAGGCAAACUCAGUAAAUCCCAAUCAAAAGCUAAGGCUGGGUGAAAGAAGUAAACAGUUCCAAAGCUGUUCUAUAAAUUGUUGUGUAGAAAAUGGUUCUCCGUUUUAUUAUGUAGGUUAGAUUACAGCAAUCAUUGAAGCACAAAGACUACAUUAUGGAGCAAUGUUGUUGCCCAGACAAGCAGCAAGAGUGCAUAAGGUUGGGUGAUGAACUGCACUUGCAAAAUGAAAUGGGAAAAAAGAACUAUUGUAUUGUGCCUUUGCGGAGUGUGUUUGUUUUAUAGUAGAAGCUUGGAGUGGAGAGAAGGUUUGCUGCCAUAAAAGCAAACAAGAGUUGGCACUUAGAAGAAAUGUUGUAGGUUUUAAUGCUACUCUUCCAUUUGUCUUGUUUAUGUUUUGUGUCAGGUUAACAGGCAUUCAAUUAGAGGAUAAUGCCCAGUUAUGUGGGAUGUAAUAAUACCAACAGGAUCUUAUACCCUAAGUGCUUCAAUUAAUGCUUUAUUUUUCUCCUCUGCCCCUCCAAGUAUCUGAUGGAAAUAACCAGUUUGGUUGGUAAGGUGGCCCUGUGUCCUACUUAACAGAGAAGAGUCCUUUCCUGGCCAGAUCAAGGGUGGUUUCAUAGAACAAUAAAAUCAUAGAAUUGAAGAGUUAGAAGGGGCCAUGAGGGUCAUCCAGUCUAUCUCCCUACAGUCCAGGAAUCUUUCACCCAACAUAGGGCUCAUUAAAGAUAAGGAAUCCUAAGAAGGGAGAACAAGGGCCCUUUGACAGCAAACUGAAUACUCACUAGCUCACAGUCUUCCACAUCAUGGUGAGAUGCACUGUAUUUUUGUUUAAAUUUAAUAUUUUAAUUAAAUAACAUUUUAUUUACAUUGUACUCAUACACAGGCAUUAGCCUGUGAAAUGUUGUGCAAAGCAGUACCAUCACUGAUGCAUUUCCUACUUAAGAAAAUGAUGCCUAAGUUGCCACCCCAUUGUUGGUUAAACUUCUGUUUCUUUGGACUAAGAUUGUGGUAAAAGAAUCUGUAUUUUUAAGUUUAAAAAGAAACUUGCUUUGCAUAUUGAUUCUGAAUUGAACAUAAAUUGCUGGGUUCUGUAUCCUGGUCUGGUACAAUGUCUCUUUUUGUUUCUGUAACUUGAAAUGGCAGCAUCUGGUAAAAGAAAAAGGCAGUAUGACUCAAACUUGCAUCCUUCUGAGUUUUUGUGCAGGGAGCAUCUUGGUAGAGCAUGAGACUCUUGAUCUCGGGGCCGUGGGUUCAAGCCCCAUGUUGGGCAGAAGAUCCCUGCAUUGCAGGGGGUUGGACUAGAUGACCCUCAGGGCGCUUUCCAACUCAACAGUUCUGGUUCUGAUUCUGACCUCUGAAGACUUCAGAGAGGAAAACCUGCAUUGGAAGCUUCCUCACAGCCAGUAUAGAAAGAACCAUUUUUGUUGGAGCUCCUGUGGGUACAAAGGGCAGAAAGGAAGCAUGCUGCAUCUGCUGGGUCCUUUUUUGCAUCUGCUGGAACCUACAUUCUUGAUACAUCCCUGGAAAAAGGGAAAAAGCGUACCAGGACUGAAAAGUGGAGGGUGGGGAGGGACGUCUCUGUUCCCAUCUUCUUAAAUUUGCCAAUUUGCCCGCCUCUCCAGUGACCUUCCCCAACACAGUAAGAUUGCUCCAAGAGGAAAGAGCAGUGCCUUCAAAUGGAAUGACUACAUUCUGUGUAGGUAGCUAAGGUGGCUGGCCACAAGGGAGAUGUCCUUAGCUGUGGUGGUCCCACAGCUUCUUGAGGACUUCCUGCAGUUAUCUGGCUGGCCACUGUGAGAGCACGAUGCUGGACCAAAUAGACCUUUGGCCUGAUCCAGCAGGUUCUUCUUAUGUUCUUAUAGGAUUCCCUUCCAUCAUACCUACAUCCGAUCUCAACAUUGCAAGCUUUUUCAGAGGCCCCGAGGAGCUAUUUUCCCAUUUUUCCUUCCAUGAUGCUCAUGAGCUGGGUGAUGGCCUGGUUGAAGUACACUUUAUCCACCCCUGUUUAUAUAAUUGCUGAGCUGUAGUUCUAAGUUUUACAAUUUUGCAUUACUGAUCUUUUUGUCGAUCGUUGUUUUUGAUCAUGUGCUGAUUUGCCUAGAAAGAUGGCCUAAUAUUAUUCAAAUAAUUUUAAAAUAUUGCUAAAAAGUAUUUUAAAUAAAAUGAAUAGCAUUUUAUGUGACCUUAUCUUGAUGGUGAGAGGGAAGUGGUGUGCCUAGACUUGUAGCAAUUAUCUGGUGGGCUUUGGAAUCCAGUCAUGGUGUGCAGAGCACUAGACUGCACUAGACUGCUGGAUUCUAGUUUUGCCCUUUUGGCCCAUUACAACAAGCUACACAUAAACCUACAGAUUACACAGUUGGUCUUGCAGUGUUACUGUACGAUGUUGCUUGAAUGAUUUCUGAGAGCCCUGCAAAUAGUUGUUCCCCCUCUCACUCCAUAACUUGUAUUUUUUGUUUAGGGGCACACAGCACUGACAGCAAUAAUAACCAAGGUGAGCUCCAAAACUCCACGUAAGAAGCACAUUUUCUUUAAAAAAAGAAAAGCAAAGGCAAAUUCUUUUCAGUUCCAGCAUGUUAUCUGUUCAUGUUAUAUACAUCCUUUAACAUUGCCAAUAAAAGCAUAUUUUCCUCCAGAAAAACAUAUCCCACGUUUAAAUGUGAAACACGCCAUAUGGAAUUCUAAAUCUUUAUUAUACUGACUAGAUUAUAUUGCCUUGUUAAGUCCUCAGUUCUUUAAAAUAUUAAGUUCCUGUUAUGGAAGAAAUACGUUCCUGCAGGCAAAUAGGAUUUUGUUUUAAUUGCCAUGUGCAGCCCGCAACAUUUCCUUUAUAGUAGUGUCCAAGAGAGUUUAAAAAGGAUGGUUAGUGUCAUACCCGCCCCCCCCCCCGGCAAUGUCCUCGCACUAUUUUCACACAGCAGCUUAAAAAAAUCUGGAGGAGUUUAAUUAGUAAUUAGCAUUUGUUUUAAUUAGUUUUUGUCUGCUAAAUACAUCUAACUAACAUCAACCCACAAUCAGAACACCAAGCUCGUACAGACUGGAUGUGUGUGAGUUACAUACAUACAACUAGUGGAGACAUGUAUACAUAUAUUUUCAAUAAACAUAAGCAGCUACAUAAAUUUCUGCAAUGCAUGUGGCUCCAGGAAGAUCAGCUUUGAUAUUGGUAUGCAUACAGUUUUAUUGCAUUUAACUUCUAUUUCUGCAUGCAAUCAGUGCUGAGUAUCUUUUUUCACUUUCACCUGCUGUGAAGAAAUGUUUUUGAUUUUAGAAAUAUUCCUCUUUCGUAGUCUAAUAUUCCUCUUCCUAUGUGUGCAUGGCAGUAUAACACUUGAGGCCCACUGAUCUUUCACCGCAGGCUCUCUGCAGGCAUGGAGAUAGAAUUUGGCAGCUCAUCUGCAGGCCAGCAUUGUGUUUAGCCAGCUAAAGUGGCUCAGUAGACCAAUUUUGGUGGAUGCUUCCAAGAGUGCCAUCAGUCAAAGUAAUUGUAGUGCAAUCCCCUAGUGAAAAUGCUAACUGAAACUCCUGGCAGUCAAAAAAUAAACAAUUUCCUGAAAUGGAAGCUUUGAAAAUAACACUGAAAUUAAUUAGUUCAACCGAUUAGCAGCUAGGGGAGGUACAGCUGUACAAAAUGUAAAAGAAAAUUUCUCUCUAACCUAGACUCUCCUUUCCAGAUGUUCCCCUGUUAGGGCACUUUAAAACUAAAGAUGUGCAGAAUCCUUAAGGGUGUUCCUGCCCUGCAAUACUCUUUGCCAGAUGUGUGACAAUCGCAAUCAGGAUCAAGGCCUCAUAGGUGCAGCUUUGCUCUUCAUACAUUACUGCAAGCCUGACUGAAGACAUUUUGCUGCUUGAGGCAAAGGACAAGUGGCUCCCUUGAUACUAUUGUACGGAAGUUGACCAGGUUCACCUUUGAGCCUUAUUUCAGUACUGGUGAUGGGACAGUGUCGUCUUACACACCUGCAGGCAGCAAAAUAGCUUAAGCAGUGCAGUGCAGGCUUCCACUUCCAUUUUUUCACUUAACCCAAGUUACCAGUGAUAUAUAAAUGUGAAAAACUGUAGGUUAUUCUAAGUCUAGAACAAACUGGAAUCAAAUUGUGAUUUGCUAUUUUGGUUUGCUAACUAACUAGUUACAACAACUCACAAUCUCCCCCAAAGUACAGUGGUACCUUGGCUUUCAAACUUAAUCCAUUCCGGAAGUCCAUUCCAAAACCAAAGUGUUCCAAAACCAAGGUGCGCUUUCCCAUAGAAAGUAAUGCAAAAUGGAUUAAUCCAUUCCAGACUUUUAAAAACAAUCCCUGAAACAGCAAUUUAACAUGAAUUUUACUUUCUAGUAAGACCAUUGAUCCAUAAAAUGAAAGCAAUAAACAAUGUACUGCAGUCACAAUUAAUCAAUCAGUAGCUGAACUGGGUUCUACACAGUCACAAAAACAAAAAGAGCCACAAAAACAAAUACACAGAAUAAAUAGCAAAACAGUCAGACUUCAGCAGUGUUUGGGUUCCAAGUUGUUUGAGUACCAAGGUGUUUGAGAACCAAGGUACCACUGUACAGUAAACCCUGGUUUAAUCAAAGGUGGAAGUGGAAGCCUUCACUCUCUGUCUCUCAUGUACAAAAGAAGAGCAGAGAGGAGGGGGAAACACAGAAGCCCAAGGCUUGCCACAGCUUGUUACCAGUGAUCUAAACCAUUCCUUAUUGUCUGAGCUGCAUCAUAGAGUCUUCCAUCAAAUUUCCUAAAUAGUAACCAAAUCCUGUUUAUAUCUCUUUCAAUAAAAGAAACUAUAUAUUGUCUCAAAAUCAGUUGAGGAUGUAGAAUUAAGACCUAAUAAAGAGCUUCAUCCCUUUUUCACAGAAGGUUUACUAUAUCGUCAAGCUCCCAUGCUCUCUUGGUAUCUGGCACUUACCAGAAUUUUUUAUUUUAUUGCAUCUAAUAAUAUAUGCAAUGUAUGGAAAGGGCAGGAGAGUUAGUGUGUAUCAUUGUACAGCGCGCGCACACACACACACACACACACACACACACACACACACACUUUUGUGUCUUGCCAAAUCACUGUGUGUUAUAUUUUUGAUUAUGACACUAUUGAAGACAGGUAUGGUUUUAAAUAUUUUAAAAUUCAAGACAUGGUAUAAUGGAAUAAGUAAAUAUGAAGUGUAAAAUGAGGAUAGAGGAGAAUUAAAUACUUUCGAAUGUUAAAAUAAGUAAAAGAAAAGAAGGUUAGAAGGAUUUGCUGGAGAUACGAUUCAAACUAGAAUACAAAGCAGGGAGGUGAGAGGAAGUCAUGGAAAUAAGUAAAAGGGAAAAAGGUUGUAAAGGUCUAAUUUGAUUUUUGCUAUUUUUUACUGUGAUUUUUUGUUUCUUCUUAUUUCUUUCUUAUUGUCUGUUUUUUGUAAGAUGUGUGUGGUUUGUUUUUUCUAUAUUUUUUGUAACUUUAAAACUGGAAUAAAUAUUCUUUAAAAAAUAAAAAAUAAAAUAAAUAUUUUAAAAUUCAUGCUUCCUUACUGGAACUUGUACUUGAACAAUGUACAUGUAAUCAUAUACGUGUGUGUGUGUGUGUGUGUGUGUGUGUGUGUGUGUGUGUGUGUAUACACACAGACACACACACUAUAUAUAUAUAUAUAUAUGUGCAUUUAAAUUUGGAAAGGAACACAUGCCUGUCUUUGCAGUAAUCAACAGCAUCACAAACUGCUAUUUAGCAAGCCAUAAGAUAGUUACUUUUAAAUGUACUUGCUGGAUACCCCAUGGAACAACAUGAAGCAGGUGCUUUAUGCUGCAGAUCCCAGAGGAGGUGCUAUUUUCCAAUAAUAAUAAUAAUAAUAAUUUUUUUAUAUCCCACCCAUCUGGCUGGGUUUCCCCAGCCACUCUAGGUGGCUCCCGACUGAAUGUUAAAAACACAAUACAAUCCCCAGUCCCUGUCUCGGUGUGCCAUUAGCAAAUUACCUGUGAUCCAGAAAGCAGCAGCAUAUUUUCACUGUUUGCUUUGGAUUGAAAAAUGCCCAGUGACAGCAUUGUAUGCUUGUGACUUUUUUCCUCUACCAAUGUCCAUUUAGCUCCAGCUGCUUUGGCUGAAGCUCUGAACAUAUGCGGGCAAUACUGAACAUGACGUGGAUCAUGUGGUCAUUUGUCCCUUAAGAAGUGCAUCAAGAUGAUCAGCUUAUUUUAUACAGGCCAUCAAACAGCCUGCAGAUAAUGGUAGCAUCUGGUCACUGCUGACUUGGAUUGAAUUGCAGUGAGUCGCCUGGAAGGUUUCAUUCAUUCAGCGAUACCUUUAAAGGAGAGGAUGGGAUUUUCUACCCUCUCCUGCCCAAUGGUUUGAAGUGCAUAAGGUCCGAAUUAAAUUAUGUUGCCAUUGCGAGAGUAAGAUAAAACCCUGGAAAUAGCACUGUCCAGAGUAGCUGAAGCUCUGAGGGUUGCAAACAACGUCCCCCUCCCCCAGCACAGUGCCGUAAUUUGCAGUAUUGUGCCUGAAUGUAGCCCAACUAGAGCUGGAGUUUUGCACCAUUAAUUAGUGAAGUGUAAUAGCAAGACCCCCUAUGCAGUAAUAAGUACGUGAAUUCCUUGCAGUGGUACUUGAGGAGCACCACCAGCAGGGGGUGGGGUUUCUAGCCUGCGUAACUUUAUCUACGUCACUUUCCAAGGGGCUUUUGGUCCCAUCAGACCAAAAUACAUGUAAUACCUUUAUCUAUUAUUGUAGCUAAUACUUUACAUGGUAGUUAGGACAGAACUGGAUGAUACAGUACUCUUCUUUUGCUGUUGGUUGUGAUGAAGACUCUUUGUUACUGGUUGGUUACAAUGAUUUGGGGCCCUACUUAAUGCAGCAGGGGGAGAGAGAGAGAGAGAGAGAGAGAGAGAGAGAGAGAGAGAGAAGGCAUUGUUUUUUCAAAAUGCAAAAUGGUUCUGUUAACCCAUCAGUCUCACGCUGCAUUUAAAAGUUGUGUUUGAAAAUGCCUUAUGUAUUUGUUUAAUGUCUCCCCUUAUUUUGAAAAGACUUGUCAGCUUCUCACACAGCUCUGCUUCCUUGAAAAUAUCCACCCUCCCCUUUGUGGUAGUUAAUUAUUUCCAGUUUUGUUUUUUGUUUUUUAAAUAAAAAGAGAGAGAAAUGAAUAGCUUAGACUAGAAGCUUAAAAUAGAGGGUGCAUUCUAAUAUAAUAGAAUAACUUGGAUGUCUGUAUAAGUCUUCUAAUAAAGCUUCUGGUUUGAUGUGCUGAAGGAAUUAAGUGAUACACAUCAUUUUAAUUAUGUUACUUUAGAAGAGAAAAGGCACAAUAGAUAGGAAAUUCCUGAGAGAUCCUACAAGAGAAGUCCAAGUGAACAACGAGGGAAACAUGGAACAAACUUUCUGUGUGUUUGUGCACAAUUUAAGCCCCCAUUUCCUGAUAUCUUACCAUAUUUUGUUAUCUUUCUAGUUGUUCAGGUAAAAGUAUUAUGCUAAAAAUUCUAAGAACCACUGUUUCCUUUUCAUUUGUAUCAAGAACACCAAAAACUUAAGAUACAAAUUAGUGCUCAGGUCAGUACAAAGACAGUGCUGAUCUGGUAUUUUAUUCUUUAAUUAGUAUUUAUUAGCAUCAAGGUUAUACCUUGGCAGCACUUGGUAAAUCAUAACUUGGCAGUCUGAGGUGGUAUAUCACCAUUGUAACAAAACAAGCAACACAAAUCAGAUUUGUCUUGUUUGGGGUCCAACAAUAGUGUAAUUUGAGCCUGCAGGAAAUAUGAUUAACAGUAGGUCCGUAACCUAUUAAACUGAAAAUGUGUUGCAUUUACAUGAAGCAGAUAUCAUUCAGCAACAAUUAGAUUAUGUACAAAGGCACAGUAAGGUUUAUGUAUGUUUGAAUUUAUAGGGAUUACACCUGCUAAGUGUUAACAGUUUUCUCAAAUAUUGAAUUACAGAAAUUGAAUUUUAUAUCUGUAAAUAACGUUUUCUUGUCUCUCAAUUGAAAUGUGGCUUAAUGCAGUCACGAUCCAUUGUUCUCUGCACACAUGUAGCCAGGAGCGGCCAGCUGUGUUGCUCUCCUACCACUUUCCUAAUUCCAUGUGUUCCUGCCACUUACUGAGAGGGAGAGAUGGAGGGGCAAGGCAGUGGCAGCUUGGUGUUGUGGGCACAGCAGUGGAGCCAAUCUGACACUUCAGACAAUGCACUUGCCCUGCAUGGACCUGCUGCUCUUUCUUGGUAAGCGGCAGGGGGGAGAGCCCUGCCAGCCAUUACUGUAUGCAGCUGGGAGCCUCUUGUGCCUAGCUCUCUAUCAAGGAGUCCUAGUAGUCAGGCCAAUUGGAUCUACGCAUAGGAGCCUCCCAGGGAAGGAAAUAAUAGAAUUGUAGAGUUGGAAGGGACCCUGAGGAUCAUCUAGUCCAACCCCCUGCAAUGCAGCUGUCUCAUAGAGGGAUCGAACCUGCAACCUUGGCAUUAUCAGCACUGCUCUCUAAUCCAGGCAUAGGCAAACUCAGCCCUGCAGAUGUUUUGGGACUACAACUCCCAUCAUCCCUAGCUAACAGGACCAGUGGUCAGGAAUGAUGGGAAUUGUAGUCCCAAAACAUCUGGAGGGCCGAGUUUGCCUAUGCCUGCUCUAAUCAACUGAAUUAUCCAGGAAGAAGGGUGAUAUGUUGCAGUGUGCUUGUGCCUAGAUGAAGACCAGGGGGAAGGAGAGAAAAUUUAUUAUUAUUAUUUAUUUGUUUGUUACCUGCCAUUCGCCUUAAGGUCCCAGGGCGUCUCACAACAUUAAAACACAACAUUGAAAGCAGUUUAAAACAACUCGCAAUCACAAAAAUAAGGCGGUUCCUAAAAACAUAUGCCUUAAGCAUCAGAAGCCAAGAUAAAGAUGUUUGACUUCAGUAGUUUCUAUCCCUUAGGUAGAAGUGCAGGUGAAUCACAAACAGGAUGUCUCCCUGAUCAGAUGGACUACUUGCUAAGGGCUUGUCCAGAUUUCCACUUGUCCUGUGCUUGGAAAGCAUGGAUCUGAGAGAUUUUACACUUGUCUCAUGCUCUCUAGGCACAGGUGUGUUUUUUGGGGCUUGUCCUACCGUUUUCCCCUGGGGAAGCCUGCUGUUUACCUGCUGAAUUGGAACAAGCAUCAGUUUUACAAAAAAACUAUUGGCAUUUGUUCUGCUUCAGUGAUAUACAGUGGGUUUCCCCCGAGGGAAAGUGCCAAGACAAGUGGAAGUGUGGACGACCCCUAUUAUCUCCAUAUUAUCACAUUCUCAUUAUUGUCUCUCAUUAUUGCCUGUGAGAAGUAUUCAAAUCUCCGGAUGCUUUGUCAAUGCUUUCCUGUGGGUAUUUAAAGGAGAACGGCCCUAAAUCAUCAUGAAGAGAUUCAAGCAAUCCUAUCAUGAAAUAUGGCAUUGUUAAAUUCUGCAGGGUUAAUGGUUUUUAGCUGCUUUUGGCUUCUUGAAAUUAAAGAAGAGUGGGAUAUUAGUUUUAUUAAGUAGAAGGAAUUGCAUUGGAAAAACUUUCCCCCUGGUCUCAAGUUUCUUAUUGCUGAGGAGUGGAAUAGCACUUCCUAUGAAAAGCAUGGCUUUCUUGGGGCCAGUUUCUUUACUGCUGAAUAGCCUGGAGGCAGGAACUGAUAUUAUGCUAAGUUUUUCUCACCAUGUGGAAAUCUUUUUAAAAGAAACACUUCUUUGACUAGAAAAAAAUCAAGUGAUCAGUAAGCAGUGACCACCUUUUUGGAGAACUGCUUCCACAAACUGUUGUCUGCUUUCACGCCUUUUUAAAAGCACCCCACUUUUCCAAGGUCCAACACAAGUAGGAAAUUUCCUCCACUCCAAAGGAUAACAGGUUCUCAAAGUGUGAAAAUGUUUUAUUAUGCCCAAUGCGUUUUGGAAUUAAGAAACUCCUUCUUCGGGGCAACGCUUCUUCCUUGUUGUUGUUGUUUAGUCGUUUAGUCAUGUCCGACUCUUCGUGACCCGAUGGACCAGAGCAUGCCAGGCACUUGUGUCUUCCACUGCCUCCCGCAGUUUGGUCAAACUCAUGCUGGUAGCUUCGAAGACACUAUCCAACCAUCUCAUCCUCUGUUGUCCCCUUCUCCUUGUGCCCUUCAUCUUUCCCAACAUCAGGGUCUUUUUGACGGAGUCUUCUCUUCUCAUGAGGUGGCCAAAGUACUGGAGCCUCAGCUUCACGAUCUGUGCUUCCAGUGAGCACUCAGGGCUGAUUUCCUUCAGAAUGGAUAGGUUUGAUCUUCUUGCAGUCCAUGGGACUCUCAAGAGUCUCCUCCAGCACCAUAAUUCAAAAGCAUCAAUUCUUCGGCGAUCAGCCUUCUUUAUAGUCCAGCUCUCACUUCCAUACAUCACUACUGGGAAAACCAUAGCUUUUACUAUACGGACCUUUGUUGGCAAGGUGAUGUCUCUACUUUUUAAGAUGCUGUCUAGGUUUGUCAUUGCUUUUCUCCCAAGAAGCAGGCGUCUCUUAAUUUUGUGGCUGCUGUCACCAUCUGCAGUGAUCAUGAAGCUCAGGAAAGUAAAAUCUCUCACUGCCUCCAUUUCUUCCCCUUCUAUUUGCCAGGAGGUGAUGGGCCCAGUGGCCAUGAUCUUCGUUUUUUUGAUGUUGAGCUUCAGACCAUAUUUUGCGCUCUCCUCUUUCACCCUCAUUAAAGGUUCUUUAAUUCCUCCUCACUUUCUGCCAUCAAGGUUGUGUCAUCUGCAUAUCUGAGGUUGUUGAUAUUUCUUCCGGCAAUCUUAAUUCCGGCUAGGGAUUCAUCCAGCCCAGCCUUACGCUUCUUCCUGGCUACCGAUAAAUAUAAACUUUGCCCUAAAUUUCAGUUCUUUGCACUCCACAUACCAACUGGUUCCAGUGGCUUUCUGGGCCAAUAAGGACCAACUCAAAAUCUCAUUUGUAUAUUAAUGUGCCUCCAGGCAUCUUUUGCCAUCUACAGUAGACUUCCCGAGAGAUUAACUGUGGGGAUGGAAACUGCCUCCUCAAACCAAAUGACUCAUUGUAAACUCAUUAACCAUAUGAUGCUAAUGUUGUUGAGUCUAUAAGGAGCACUUUCAGUCACUCAAUCCAAAUCUGUUGAUGUGUAUGAGGUGAAUUGCUCAGAUCUGUCAAGAAGACUGGCUGAGUCUAAGGAGACGCAGCAGGAAGCCUGAAAGGAAGUAGGCAGCUGGGGAAGUGUAAUGACAAGAACUUUCAGAGUUAAGGACACUCUGCUCCUCAGAGGCUCAGGAAUCUAGAGUUCUAUAGAGUGCUUGCAAGCAGGUUAUCUUGGAAGAAAUUGUGCUUUUGUUCUACUCAUUAUGAAAAGUAUAUUACAAUUUCUGACCGGUAGGAUUUCCUGUCAGCUGUUCAGGCCCACUUUUUAAAAUUUCUUGCUCGUACGCUGUGUUUCCCUGCUGACGGCCUUCAUGGGUCGUUAAGUGGCAGCUGUGCCCCACAACCUGCUGCUGGCAAUUGUAAGAUGUGUGGUUGCCUCAGGCAGAGAUUUUGAUCGUUUCCCGUUUUACGACUUCGGCCACAUACUGCCAAGGGGAAAUAUCUAAUAUUCGCUCUGUAUGGACAGCCCUUAAAUUUCAGGCAUACUUGAGCAGUUUCGCAGCUGUGUAGAGAAUGUGCUUUGAGGGAAUCCUUGUCCUCAAAUAUUGCUUUUGUGUUUUGUGAGCAGCACAGAAUGGUUCAGAUUUAAUUUUUCACUCUGUGCGAUUUGUUCAGCACGAGAUUUUGUCUCCCAUUUAAACCAACAGAAGGUAAAAGGUGCAGGCUCAGCUGUCAGAUUUCAGUUUGUAUUUAUUUAUUUUAGCUUCUAAUUCUUCCAAGAGAGAUUUAAGAAUUUGCAGUAUCAUGUGCGCCGUGUCUUAGGAACAGUCUACAGCUAAGAAAAGGAGGCUGUUAUUUACUAAUGUAUUAAGGCCACCCAAUAAUAGCUCUCUGGGUUGUUUCAGAGUAAAACGCUGAAGUUAAAGUCAAGUUCCAAUAAGAUGUAGCAAAUAAAGCACACCAGUUAAGAUAAAAACAUAUCAGUUAAGAGCAGGAAAAAGAGUAAUAAAAUAUCCCACAGAACUAAAAUAAUAUUAAGGAUUGCAGCAUAAUUAAAAAGAUUGAAAAUAUACUAGGUGAUACUCAUUUGUAUUGUCCAAAUUGCACAACAUACUUUGCUUGCAUACUCCCCCUUUCUCUGCGCUCUGCUCCACCCUGUAGUAUUCUGUGCCUCCUAAAAUCUGCUUUGGUGGGUUGGGGACCCUACAGAGCAGAUCCAAGAUUGCAGGGGGCUGUGGGUGGGUUUGGAGGUCAUGUCCGCUGGCAUAGCAUUGGCUCUCGCCCCGUACAAAGAAUCUGUGACCUAACUUGUUGGCACGUUGGAUGUCAAACACAUCUGGCAUUCAUUUGACAUAUAUUUAAGAAAUCUUUCUUUUAAAAAGCAAUGGUUGUCAAAAAUUGCUAUGAUUUUUACAUCUCAGCACGUGCUGAGUGUGCCCCAGAGAACUCCUUGCUUUCAAGCAUCACCUAGGCAACUGUAUAGUGGGGCCCAUUUACUGUACUGACAUCUUCCUCAUAGCAUGACUGAGACUUGAUUCCAGCUUUCUUGGUUGGAAAUCUUUCCCGGUUGAAGAGAGGAAUAUUUUUUCUCCUUUUAGAUGCCUCCACUGAGCUUGAUCCCUGAUUUCAUGAUGCUUCAAUAGGCCAGUUGGCCGGAUCAUGUGAUGCUCCUACCAAGUUAGUGCUCAGCCUGCUGGGUCCUAUGAUGCCUGCAUCACAAUAACAUCCACAUUUAAUAAUUUACUGGCAUAUGAUGUUUUAAUGGCAACUGCUCAGAAGGGUGAUUCAUACACCUAAAUCAUAUAUUAGAGAAGGUUAUUUCAUAUACCUAAUAACUAAAACAUAUUGUUCACAGGGCAGAUUCAAAAUUGUUGUACUGUUUGCUGAAUCCCUUAAUUUUGGUUAAAACCCAAACAACAUAUGAUAUGUAUGUGAUCUAUUUUUCAAAACAGAGGGAUGUUAAUCCCCCUUUCAUGAUUGUGAAACCUGCCUUGUCAAGUUAAAUCUUUUUUAAUGUGAACAAAAGGAUGCCCCAGAUAUUUAGAAAUUCUUUGUGAUUUCGUCUUCAACCACAGAUGGUAAUAACCUUUAGUCAUUACAUAAUUUGAAUUCAUUCAGUACAGCUUUUUCUCCUAUGUAUUUCUUAUAAAUAGCCAUAUUUAGCUUGCUUUAGAUGCAUCUUUAAUGUUCACUCAAACGCUCAAAUAGUGUUUGAUAUCAGCUCUUCCUCCCCUUGUGAAUAACACUUAAUUUUUUAUUUUGCCAGGAUUAUUCAAAAGGUGUCAUGUUAAAAUACAAUUGGUGUUCAAAUGCAUUGGGGAGAGUGACUGACCAAUCCUAACCCUUGAAUUGCCUGGCUGAAGGAGGUUAGGAAGGAGUAGCGGGGCUGGAAAAGAGCUUUGCCAGCAGAUUGUCAAGUCUGACAUGGAAAUCCCCAGUACAUUCACAGAUAGCUCUGCAUCAAUAGACCUACCGUACUUCUCGCUGUGGCUUUGAUGGUGGUGACUGGCAUUGGGCCCUGAAAUGUGGGGCUUUGGGGUGCAGCAGGGGCAAGAUGGAGUGAGUUUUGCAGUCACUGGUCCUUAGUGUUCAUCCAAGACGCUCCAGGAUCAGGCCCCCACCAUCUACAUCAGUCUGGCACCUGGCAUGGCCAGGGGCAUGAUUCCCCUUUGGAAUCAAUGUGGGGAAAUAAAUAAAAAGAUAAUAUACAUAUGGGGUAAGUCAGCCCCACCCCCCACCUCCUGCUCUAGUUGGCCUGAGCUGGUAGAAUUUUGCCUGUGCAAUGUCUCCAUCCCAAACCUUAGUUAGGGUUGCACUAUAAUUGAAAAGUGGAUCAAGAACGCUUGAGGACUUCUGUACAUCCAGAUUGAACACUUGGGUGGGAGCAAAUAAAAUAAGAGAGUGUAUUGAGUGUUAGGCAAGGGGUAGUACCUCUGGUGGGGGACACAUUGUGUUCCUCCUGGUGUCUACCUUUGGUCUCCACCCUGCACUCAGCUCUCACCAGUGGCUUCCAGCAUGCGGUAAUGACCGCACCCCAAGAACAGGUUCGACUGGCCAGCUAAACCAGGUAAGGGUAGCCGAUAGGUCUCAAACCCUCAGUGAGUCAUUGUCAGAGCUGUGGGCGUCUCUCCUCACCACAAAUGCCAUGGGAGCCUCUUGAAGUUUUUAUAGUCUUUAUUUACAAUAUUUACAGUGGGUCAUUAGCACACCGUUCAUCCAUCAGAGUCACUCAGUUCAGAUCUCUGCUGAGGCCUGCCAUUUGCCUCUCCAACAGCUCAUAUAAUGGCGAAGUUUCCCGCCCCAUCAUUCAGCCCUCCUCUUUACCACACGCCUCUCAAGGGCGGUCAUAAACCUCCCCCCCACCCCCGAUUCUGAGCCUGAACAUAACCCCUGCAUUCCCUGUGAACUUUCCAUUUCCCCAGCCCUUCCUGGGCUUAUUCCAAUCUCUCUCUGCUCAUUGCUUCCCUCCCCCUUGGGCACCUCGUCCACAUCUUCUGCUCCCAGGCUUCUCCCUCCCUCUGGGGAACUUGAAACCUCUGGUUCGUUCUUGACAGUUAUGGACUUUCUCUUCAUGUAAAGACAGGCUCUGGCAGAUUAAACAGACAAGACAAGAGUAAGUCUAGCGGUCAAGAAAGUGGUUUCUGCAUUUGCUGUAGAGGAAUAUGAGGGGCAGGUGGGACUUGUCAUCCUGGGAAAGUAGCUCGUCUAGGAGAAGAAAAAAUCCUAAACUGCUGAUGCCUUGCAAGAUACCUUUGGAGGAAGAGAAGGCUAAGGAGUAAAUCCUACACAAAUCCAGAGUGGAGUCCCAAACAUGAUUGGAUGGUACCUUGUAUGUCCCCUUCCAGGAACUCCUGCAGCCAAAGUGGUGGUCAUCACUUGAGAGCUGCAAAUGCAGCAGUUUGACUUCACCUCUGGAGGUGCAACUCCAUUGUCUCUUGAGACAGAUGCAAAAUGCAAAACAAAGCAAAACUGUACGAAGCAUGGAGGGGUUUAGAUGACUGUUCCCCAGUUUUAACUAUGUGGUGUGAUGAGGUUAAGGAUUCUGAAGAGGGAAAGGGAUUGUUGCCUGCCAGUGUGGAUAAUUCUGAGCUGUAUGGAACCAUUGCCUGAUUUGGUAUAUAAAAAGGGGGGGGCAAUAGGGAGGCACUGAAUGCAAGAGAACAAAGGAGAAGAGGUGCCCCCCAGGCUAACUGUAGUUGUUAAUGCCCAAUGCAUUCCAGAAAAAGCUUUCAUUUUUCAGCAGGAAUUCUUUUUGUUGGAACAAGGCAGAAAUGUACUAUUGAGGUGUCCUCCUUGGCCAAAUGCAGCCAGGUUUCUGGGGAACAUGAAUGGGAAGAGUGUCAUUGAGCUUAUUUCCUGCUUGUGGGUUUUUCAUAGGCAUCUGAAUGGCCACGGAGAGAACAGGAUGCUGAACUGCAUGGACCUUUGUAUGAUCCAGCAGGACUCUUCUGAUGUUCUUACAAUGGGAAUAAAAUGUGUUUUACUGAAAACUUAUAUGUCAAACCCCUAAAGUUAAGAAAUGUAGCGUAACCUAAUUUAUUUCAAUUGUUUAGGACUUCAAUAAAUUCAGUUUGGAAGAAACUGAAAUGUCGUUAUAGGACACACAAAUUCAUAUAAAAAUGAGGUUUUGAUCAUCUGGAUUCCGCUGCAUACAUUUCCUACCAUAAGCCUCUUUCUGCUUUUACAGUGGUGACUAGACAGGAGCUCUCAAAAUAUUUAUAAGCAGAUGUGUGAUAGAGAAAGCAUUCAAAAUAACAUAAUGAUGUUCUUCUGUGUUCUGAAAUGUGGAACAAUGCUGUGCAGCUUUUUCGUCCUACAUUAUAAUUUAAAGGCAAACUUGGGUGGAAAUGUUAGGAAUAUCAGCUCUUUUUCAGCUAGGAGUUUCAGUUUAUCAUAGCCUUCCCCGGCCUGGUGCCUCUAGAAGUAUCAGACUACAAAUUUCAUCAGCAUAGCCAUACGCCCUCUUAAACACAUUCUGAUAUAAACAUACUUUCUUCUAUAAGCCUCCAAAUCAGCAACUUUAGGCUGAAGCCUGCCUUAUAGAUCCCCAUAUGAAUACAAAAGCAAACAGUAUUUUAAUUGGAUCAAGCCUGUUUUUUAUCACCAUAGAAUAUUGCUAGGGACAGAAUAUCCUGCAAAUGAAACUUUUUAAAUUGACAUUGUUUGGGAGGGGAAAAGAGAGAGAGAAAAGAUCAGCCACAAGUUUUAUAUACCAUUAGGAAGCUUAUUUUCCAUAGUUAAAGUUUGCAAGUAGCAAUUGAAACAUCGCUUUGAAAUGUCAGGCAAAGGUUACUUAAUGCAAAAUGAUUAUUCUGUUCAAAAUAUACAUUUUUUUAAAAAAAACAACAACCUUAAAAGCCCACCUAAUUCUGUAUGUCCUAUUAACAUUUAUCUGACAACAAUGGCCUUCACAAAUAUUCAGUGACACUGCAUGCCAUUAAGGGCAGAGAUAAAUAAUAAUGGAGGUUCAGAAUGUGAGGACACAGAAAACUGCAGCAUUUCUCAACCUUAGUGACUAGCACUGCAACACUCUCUGCUUUCUGACAGGUCCCUAUAACGAUUCUGGGUCCAUUUUAAAAUAUUAGAUGAAUUGUUUAUGCAUAAAGCCGUUUUACAUUUCUUUGUUUCUUAUGGUUGUUAGAGGUAUAUACCCUUAUUUUUUUAGUGGGGUGUGAACCAUGGCAGAGCUACCAACAUUUCCUGUGCCCUGAUAGCUCUUACCAGCUAAGGCUGAAAAUGGAUAUAAAGGCAUUUUUUAAUAGAGGCAUCCCAUUGCUUCUGGUGGGAUGCAAUGGACUAUUCCAGCUCUGAAGGAGUAUUGGGGAAUGAGAGAGCUGUGGAUCCUCUUGUUUCUCAGGUGCCUGAACAGCUGAGGCAUUUCUAAGCCAUCCCAUUUCCGGCCCCACCAAUUGGCAGAGCACCAUUGGCAAUGAAGCUCCCCGGGACCAUAGGACUGCACUCAUCAAACGCUUUAUCCAUUUUAGCAACUGAAAUGUGUGAAAGCUGUGUGCAAUGCUGGCACAGGAGAAAAGGUUGUAUAAAUUGGCCUGGCCUUUUGGAUAUUUUCUAUCCUUACAGUAUAUAUUAUUGAAGUGAUCAGAGUAGUUUGCAUUUGCCUUUUUUUAAAAGUUAUGUUUAUGAAUACAAGACCUGUUACCUACAAAUGCAACAUAGUGUAACUAAGGCUGCGAUCCUAUACACCAGGGUCCCCCAAACUUAGAUCUCUAGCUGUUUUUGGACUACAAUUCCCAUCAUCUCUGAGCACUGGUCCUGCUAGCUGGGGAUGAUGGGAGUUGUAGUCCAAAAACAGCUAGAGGAUCUAAUUUGGGAAACCCUGCUAUACACCCUUACCUGGGAGUAAGCCCCACUGAGCUCAGUGUGACUCAGUAGGUAUGUACAGCAUUACAGAUAUUUUGCUCCUUUCGUUUCCUCCCACCCUUCUACAACAUAGGAACAUAGGAAGCAGACCCAUUGGGCCAUUUAGGGCAGUAUUAUCUACACCGAUUGGCUGCAGCUCUGAAGAGUUUCAGGUAGGAGUCUCCACCAGCCUCAUCUGGAGAUGCUGAGACUUGAACCCGGGAGCUUCUACAUGCAAAGCAGAGGCUCUGCCACUGAGCUAUAGCUCUUUCCUUUGCUCUCUCUUCAACUUAAAUAUUUAACGUGCCGCAAAAAUAUAAGUUCUUUAAUACUUUUUACAUUAUUCUUUUCUUCACUAAAUAUAAUGCAGUGGCAUCCUUGCACUGAAGGAAGUGGUCAAUAUCCAUUAAAGAAAGCAAGUAAUACAAUUCCCAUAGUCCAGGUGGAAUUGUAUAGUCAAUCAAUGUUAGGAAACUUAUAGUAACAAGCUAUUAUAAAGUUAGUUGUCAAAUAAGGGUGCUUGCUGCUACUGUUGUUUUAAUAAGGGAGAUUGCUCCUGCAGUCAAAAAACAGAGUUAAUCACUUUAAGCCUAAUUGAUUUCAAUGGGAAAGAUUUGGGCAGGCACUUAAUUUUUCCAGUAAAAUCAAUUGAACUUAAAGGUGCUUGUAUUUGGCUGGAUGGUGCCCGUGUUGUUUCAGUUGUUACUAAGUCUAAUCCCAGUGCAUAUUUACCGUUGAGCUUACUUCAUCUGUGUUAGUUGCUUUCAUUCAUAGAAGAAUUCAGAAGUCCUCUCCUUUUCUACAGAGUAGAAAAACAUUUAUGGUGAUAGACUCUUAAGUACACUGCAGUAGUGCACUCGUGUUCUGUUGUGUGAGACAACCUUUUCUUGUAAGAUGAGAAUUAAGACGAAGCAUACUCUUUCAGAUCAAGGACAUCCACAUUUAAAUUUAGUCUUAAGGUGAGGGAGGGAGGGAGAAAGAGAGAGAUUGUAUUUCCCAAAGUUGCAUAUUUUUAGCUGGAAACUAUAUUUUGGACAAGCACUGACCUUGUGCAUUUGACUUAGACUUUAUAUCGUCGUCGUCGUCGUCAUUGUUUAGUCAUUUAGUCAUGUCCGACUCUUCGUGACCCCAUGGACCAGAGCAUGCCAGGCACUCCUGUCUUCCACUGCCUCCCGCAGUUUGGUCAAAUGGACUUUAUAUACAGAUGCCAAUUGCACAAGGAACUUAGGGUCCUCUCCUAUUGGUUCCUUCUGCAUCCAUUAGCAUCUUGUGUCCCUUCUGAUUUGCUUUCUGCUCACCCAGGUGGAUGACUUACACAGAAGGGGGAAAGCUCAGUAGCAAGAAGCUUUCAUGUGCAGAGCAGCACACACAUGACGGUAUGGAGAGAAUGUGCAGGCUGUGUGGCUCACGUUUUUAGGAGAAACAAAAAGGGACCAUAGCCUAAUAACCAUUUUCUUUUUCCUAGGGCCAUUAUAAACAUUAGUGUUGCUGGUCAUUGCUAUCCAGUCCUGACCUUGACAGCAAGCCCAUUAGGCAUAAUGGGGCCAGUAAGCCCUGUCACUGCAGCACCUUGGAGAGUUCCGAGUGAGCAACUGGCUCCAAAGACAUCUGAAACUAGAAAAGGUUUUAUUCUUCCAGUUCCAAAUUCCCCCUUCUGUGAGGAGUGGAAAGCCUUAAAGGGCCAGCCUUCUAACCUGGAGCAUAGCCAUCCCCUUCCAGGCUCAUUGCUUGUGCCAACAUAGGUAUAUAUAGGGUCCUCAGGGGCAGCAUCUAGCGCUAGAGCAGGAGCUGUUAUCCCAACAGGAGACACUCAGGUGCCAAUUCCCACCCCCACCCCCAGCUUGAAACGUUCUAGUUGGCUGGAGUGGCUAGAAUGCAUUGCUCCCAUUACACCUGUUAAAACACAAAUCCUUCUUCGAGUGAUGGGACAUCAUAAUGUGUUGUCACUCCCAUAGAAAUUAUGUGGCAAAAAACAUAGGGAAGCUACAUUCCUUGCUGUAGAAUCUUCCUAACAGGGCAUUAUAUAGUGGGAAAAGCAUGGUGUGGCAGCCAUAUUUUGUUUUUGUUUUUUGUUUUUUGCCAUAUACUCUCCCUGAGAAUGAAGGCAUGGCACUACAUCCUGUCACUCCCAGGGGGAACUGCAGUAAGUUUUCCAACAUGCCUAGCAGGAGUUGUGUGAACUAGCUGCCCCAGUCAUCUAGCAGGGUUUUGUUUUAGCAGGGAAACACACAGAAAUCAGAAAUUCUCAUCAGAACACUUUGUAAAGGGAUCUGGUUUGAAUGCAGAUUCCAAAGUAGAACCACAGUUUGACACAUCGGUCUGGGAGGUGCUGAUCAGGGAAGUCUGCUUAAGUCUGCAAACUCGCCAUAUCACACUCAAAACCAUAUACGUUGUAGCAGUGACUUUAUCAAGUUUAUAGGAGCACACUGAGUAAUGUUUGGGUCCCUUCCAACUCUACAAUUCCAUGAUUAACCUGGUGUUCAAAUGGGAGGAAAGAUGCUGGAAUCAUUAGUGGAGUUGUCUGCAUGGCAGGGCAACUUGGAUAGAUUUUUUCUGAUGCUUCAUGUUAAUAUGUUUUACUGGGUUAGGGGAAUUAAAAAGCUUGAAUGUUUGCCUGCAGGCACCACAGCAUAACCCAACUGAUGGGGUCAUAUCACAUUUUGAUCAAUGUUUAGGCCAGAGGUUGCAGCAAACCCUCAAUUCACAUGCCAUGACAGCCCUGAAGACUUUCAGUUCUGUUUGUAUCUUCAUCUGGAACAAGUGAAAUAAAAUAAUACUGUAACACAAUAGCCCCAGCUGCAUACAAGAUGUUGCCGAUGGCACAUUAGCAGCCCCUGGGUGCCAAUAUGUUCCUCUGGAAACACAACAGUUUGACUUCCUAUUAAGGACUUAAUAUCUAAGCGGUUUGAAAACAGAUUGGGCUGAAGCAGGGCCUGCAGGGUAUCAUCUUGUUGGGGUUAUUUUUCCUGCGCAAAAAUAGUUCAGUUCCUUAAGGCGGCAAUUACUGAAAUGGGAAAAAUAAGGGGGUUUCACUUGAUUUCAUGGGGCUUCCAGAACGGCAGAGCAAGAAACAGAGAAACUCAUUUGUAAGGGUACUGAACUCUUUUGUUACAUUAGAAUUACAUCUGUGUAUUUCUUUUUGAUGCUGAUCAACAGGAAAAGGUGAUUGUAAAAAACAACAACAACAACCAACAACAACCCAUGCAUUUAUAUAGGGGGCUUGAGAGGUUGUACAUUGUUACUCCUCCAAUUGCAAUAGUUUUCUUCAGGGAAUAGUACAAACAACUUUCAUUUUAAAUUGUAAAAAUAAAAUAAAUCAUGUGUGUUUGGGGGUCAAGGGGAUGUUGGAGGAACACCUCUGAUGAGGGGUCCUCUGUGGCCUGUUAAAAUGGAUUGACCCUGAACUGUUGCUUCCAACUGUACUGAUAAUGAUCUCCCAUAGGGACCAGUAAGUAUAAUUGCUUGGCAAAGGCUUCCAGAGAAUUUAAAUAUAUUUAAGUGGAGAAUAAGCCCUGGUUACUUGGAUGUGUCAUCCACUUGACACAUCAAGUGCCUAAUGUGUGGUGCCUAACCUGUCUCUGUUUGUCCACACUCCAGCCAGGAUGGCUCUAAACAGAAUUACUUCUGGCUUCUGCUUACCAGCUAAACUGGAAUCUUGUUCAGGUCCUCCUUACUUCCUGCUUCGUCCUGUCACCUUUGCUGUACAGUUGAGACUGACGUUAACAGUCCUAUGUAAUGGACAGUGCUACUUUAGUUUUGGAUCCCAUAAUGUCUACAUCAAAUGCAGAGCACCCAUGUUUCAUGCUUCAGUACAACAUCUGAAAGGAAAAGCAUGUUUACCUACUUGGUGGUGGUAAAAUGUUUGUAUGCUUUCCUGGUUCUCACGUGUUUCUCCAGAAGAAAGAUUUAUGAAUCCUCUGUUUGGACAUUACUUACUUCUACUUUGCCAAACCUUUAUUAGGCAUUACAAAUGUAGGUCUAUAUCUACUAGAAGCCCCCAAAGCCAAUACGUACAUGCCUUGCCACCCUCCAGAAACUCUUAAGCUUGAACUGUAUUAGGAACUAGUUCCAGAGGUUGCUCAGGAAUCUAAGAAAUCAGCAAGGUUUUGAAAUCGGUGGUUAAAGUCAGUGAAGUUUCCAAAGGUUCAGUCUGCUUUCUUGAUUCAAAAUGGCAUCCGCUUGUAUCCAAACAUGGGUGAAAAACCUGCUCCUUGAUAUUAGGAAGCAUGUGAAAUUAGGUUAUGAUCUAAUAGCGGUAUACAAAACUGCAAGCAUAAAAACAGCUUCAUAAAGACAUAGAUAAAUACAAACACUGAGCUGAAGUGUAAUAACAGAAAUGGGUUGCAAGUCAUAUACUUGUUCAAGCCCUGGGAAGCAGUCUGUGGGUCAAGAAGAAUCUGUUCUUUAUUUCUGUAUGUCACUGCAGGACAGAAGUAGUGGAGUUGGGGAAAUAAAGUAGUAGAAGAAGUUGUUACGGCUAGGCAUCCCAAAUACCCUACAUGACAGGUAAAAAGAACUGGCUCAGACAAACCCACAUUUACAGGAACUGAAAUAUAUUCUGGGGAGGAACGCAUGCAAUUUAGCUCCAGAAAAAGAACCAUGUAGGAUAUGAUGUAUAAAGUACUGUACAAAGUGUGUCUGCUGAGCUAUUUAAACAACAUGCGUCAUAUUUGGUCACUGUGUAGGUGACAUUCUCAAAAUGAGCCUAGUUUUAUCAGUAACACAAGCCCCUCCCCUGAAAUCUGCUCACUGCCCAUUUUCCUUUUCACUGGAAACAACAUUGUAGGGUUGAAAGCUGCCCAAAGGAUCAGUAAAUAGUUCACAUGCCAGCUUUCCCUGAGCCGUCCCAUUCUACAAAAACUAGGAAGGCUCUGAUGCCAGAUGGGUAGAUGGCGCAGCUGCCAUGCCUCACCUCUUUUAUCUUCCUUCAUAGUUCCCAUAGGUAAAAACAUGAUUGUGCCUUUUGAAGUUCAUUAAAAGAAAUGGAAUUUUGUGUGGGUUGAAUUUUAAUCCCUCGGUCUUAAAAUGGAAAAUUAUCUUAAUUAAACAGGAGCUAAUUAUUUAUCCCAGGGUUAACUGGCUUCUUUUGAUCAUUGAUGGGAACCCAAUUAUGUCUCUGUUAGUUGUGGCCGAGUCCAUUUAAAAAGUAAUUUUAACAGCCCCUAACACAUGUGCAAAUAUUUAUAUCGGCACUAGAGCAAAAUAUAUUUGAAUUUCAAAGAAUUCACUUUAAGCAAAGCUUAUCAAAUAAGCUCGUUCAAUUUCAUUUUGGUUUGCUGUGAGUGAAAUGAGUUGUUAAAACCUCUAACCUGAAUAUAAAUGAGUUAGCCAGAAUUAAGAUAUUCAAAUGGAUGGCUUCAUUUUUUUGCUUUUUAGAGGAUCAGAAUCAUGGUUAGAGUCAUUAGAAUUUCUACCUCUGUACUGAAAAAAUAAUAAUCAGUUUUUCCUCUACUCUCAACGGGGGCAUUGCCUUUGGCUUGAUUUGUAGGAAGAAUUACCCAUCCAGGGAACUAGAACAGAUGAACCCAAUGAUCCAUUUGCAGUUCUAUCAGCAAGUUGCUAAUCCUUCUUGAACCCUAAUUUUCCAGACGUGAAAUGAGAAAUAUGCAAGCUCAUAUUUAAAAACAUUCUACCAAUCAAAGAUUUUGUAUAUCUCUAUCACUAUAUCUAUGUGGGAAGCAGCUUUCUACUGAGUUAUACCAUUAGUCUGUCUAGUUCAGUAUUGUCUACAGUGACUGACAGCAGCUCACCAGGUUUUCAGACAGGGGUCUCUCCCAGCCCUACUUGAAGAUGUCCGGGAUUGAACCUGAGACCAUUUGCAUGCAGAAUGGCUUAUUCAGCCCAUAUCUAUCUUUCUGUUAUCUAUUGCGUACAAAUGAAGUUAGAUGAGUGAAUUCAAAUGAUCAUGCUUUUCACAUGCUGGUAACAGUGGCUAUGAUCAUGGAAGGCAGGAUUACCUGAGGCUUAGUGACUAGCCUGGGGCUGCUCAUACUGAGCUUUAUUGACUGACUGUGGAUUUGAACCCAGAGCUCCCCUGCUUAUGCCAGUUCUGAAUAAAUUGCUGUUCUUUAAAAAAACAAAUAAGCAAACAGCAAUUGAGCCUACUGGAUCUUGCAUUUCCCCGCUUACAAGAGUAAAAUAUUGCCGUGGUACUUUGGACCAAACAGGCAGUGAAUACUCUAUUGGAAAAUUCAGAUUAUUUGUGUUGCCAUGUUGGCGUAUAAAUUGAAACGCAGAUGUGCUUGUUGUUAGGAUUGCAGCCAAAAGGUAUUUUCUCCAAAAUUAUGUAGGAAAAUGCAGUUAUUAUUAGCUUGUAUUUUGAUAAAAUGGAGCUCCACUAAUGACAUAUCAAUAGAAGCCAGAAGCUUACAGUCAAAUAACUGGCCACUGCAUUCAAAUCAAUAUGUGAACAUUAGCUUUGCAUGCUUUCGCUGCCUCUUGCUCCUCCUUGCCUCCUUAGGAUUGCUACUAGGUCAUAAUGAUGCAGGGAUGGUAAGGGAUGCUGCUGAAUAGUCCCUUCUGCAAAGGUCUUAAAGGCAGAGGAAUGCUCUCAGAGUCUAGACCAACAGGCCUGGUUCAUGGACCCUUUCCUUUCUUCUGUCCCUUCCUUUAUGAUUCUGUUUACCCUGUAUGCUAGCACUACACAGAGCCAUCAAUUGCUUUAGUACGUGGAAAUAGGAGUCAUACAGAGUAAGGGCAUUUCAAUGCAAUUGGACAUGUAUAGAAGGUUUCUGUGUGUGAGGGAUUUCAACAUGGCCCAUGCCACAUACAGAUCAGAGGUUUUUUUGUUUUUUUUCUUUUCUUUUCUUCCUGCCUUCAGAAAAUUAUUCAGUCCAUACCACGAUUGGAAACAGGAAAAAGAAUAUUUUCACAGUCUCUCUUACUUUGAGCUUUGUCCAAGGUCUGUCCUUUGAAGAACUGAAUUAUGUCAUUUUUGUUUUCACGUUCAAAUGGGGAAAUAUGUCUAGUUGAUAACUUUCAGGUGAACUCUAUAAUAAAUUUUGUGAUAAUGGCCUCGUGUCUAAAGGCAUAUGAUGCAACAACUGUGUUGAAGCUAAGCAGGUCUGAGUCUGUUCAGUGUCUGGAUGGGAGAUCACCUGGAAACUCCAUACGUAUCACAUGGGCUGCAUUGUGAAACGGCAGGAUAUAUUUUAUUUCUGUAGUUGAAACAUUUAUAUCCUGCCUUUUGGUUCAGGAAGGACUGCUCACAACCUAAAUCAAGAACAAAAUGCAAAACAAACAAAAUAAAAUAAAAAAACAGGGUCAAAGUAUGAAUCAGAGUCGCAAAAAGCCAAAUCAACAGAGGAUGACAAAACUAAAUCAAACUAAAGGCACGGUGGAAGAAAAAGGGUUACAAAUGAUGUCUGAAUGCUAAUAACAGAGACAGGCCUUCUCUGUAGUGGCACCCACUCUUUAGAACACUCCCACAGUAGGGUGCCUGUGUUAAAAUCAGAUCUGUUUCUUCCAGGCUUUCUCUGAUUAAGUUAUUUGCCCAUUUUAGAUAUUGUGUAUGCCUGACAUUGUUCAUCGUUAAUAUUAUUUGGAUGUUCUGUAUAUUUUAAUACUUACUUGAUUAUAUUUUUAACAUUUCAGUAUUGGAAUUUUAUUCUGUAAACCGCUUCAAGACACUUGGCUGAGAAGCAGUUUAUAAAAUGAUUUUAAUAAAUAAACAACAAUUUAACUCACGCCCCCCACCCCAGGGAAAGGAUUUCCAUAACUUGGGCACCACUACUAAAAAGACCCUGUCUGGUGUCUCAGCCACUCAAACUUGUAGAUGGGAACAGGCAUUGUAAAAGGGCUCAGAUUAUGAAUGCAGCGGGUGGAUAGGUUCAUGUGGAACAGGAACAGAGAACCUGUGACCUUACAGAUGUUAUUGGAUUACAGCUUCCAUCAUCACUGACCAUUGGCCAUACUGGCUGGGGCUGAUGGGAACUGGAGUCCAACAACAACUUACAUGACACGGGUUCCUCAUCCCUAAGGAAGGCAGAGAGGAUUGAUUACUGGAGUAAUAUGAACAGAGCUAUGAACAGAGGGUACCAACUAAUGUGAUAAAUACAUUGACAUGUGAUAAAUACAUUUUGUUGAGUUACAUAUACAUCACAGAAUUUCUUACACCAGCUGAUGCCUGUAAGCUAAAAGUAUGAACUGUUUCCACUGGAAGGGGCCAUAGUAUAUGACACCAAUACCACAGGAGCUUGCUUGCUCUCAGGCUGAUUUCAAAGUGCUGGCUUUAUUUAUUUCCUGCAUUUAUUUCCUAAAAGGCUCUCUGAAUGGCUUAUACAAGUCAGGUUUAACUUUAAAGCUCUGUAUAGCGUAACUGAGGGGCAAACUACUCCAAAAUGUACAAGUUCUAUGACUGAGGUUUAGUGAUGAAUUUAAGAUGCCACUCCAACAAUGGAUAGAGUGUUAUCUGUUGGUUGCUGUGCUGCAUUUGUGAGAUUCAGUAGCACUGAAGAGCUUGGUCCAUUUAGAUCAGGGUUCAGCAAACUUUUUCAGCAGGGGGCCGGUCCAUUGUCCCUCAGACCUUGGGGGGGGGGGGUCGACUAUAUAUUUUUUUGGGGGGGGGGAUGAACGAAUUCUUAUGCCCCACAAAUAACCCGGAGAUGCAUUUUAAAUAAAAGGGCACAUUCUGCUCAUGUAAAAACAUGCUGAUUCCCGAACUGUCCAGCCCCCGGGUCUUAGUUUGCCUAGCCAUGAUUUAGAUGAGCUAAUUAGACUUUAAUUUUUCAAUAGGCUUUUGAUUUCCAAAUGGGAGGAAAUUUGGUUUGUGUUGCCCCUACUGUUAGAAUUGUGUUGCUAAUUACGUUUGUAUAUUUCUAUGGACUUUCUGGGUGGUGACAGUGAAAAUCUUCCAGUAACUAAAUGAAUAGAUAUAACAUUGGGUUAUAUCAAUUGCUAAUCUUCCUGAGUGGACUCAUUGAAAUUGAUGGGCACAACUAACUUAAGUACAUUAAUUUCAGUGGAUCUACUUGGAAUAGAACUUACUUCAAUAUAACCCGUUAGGUUUCAAAUGAGGUGAGUUGCUGUCACCUAGGCCUGGCCUGGGAGAACAGCUUAGCAACUAUACUGAAGCUAAACAGGUCUGAGUGGGUCAGUGCCCAUAGAAUCAUAGAGCUGGAGUGACCAUGUACAUCAGGUGCAGGGAACCCUUCACCAUACAGAUGUUGCUGAACUGCAACUCUCAUCAGCCCCAGCAAGCAUGCCCAAUGGCAAGGGAUAACAGGAGUGGAAAUACAGCAACAUUUGGAAGGCUAGAAGUUCCCGACACCUGUUGCAGACCAUCUAGUCAAACCCCCUUGCUCAGUGCAGGACAUCAGUGCUAGAGCAUAAAUGGAUAGGAGAUUGUGCGAGAAUCCUUUGUACGCCACUCUGAGCUCCAUAGGUGGGAUAGAAAUGUAAUGAAAUAUGAUAGUCAAAGUACCCUUUCCCCUUGCGUUUGUACUCCCAGUGUCAACAGAAGAAUAAUCACAAUCUUGCAGAGCUAAAGUACAGUAACUAUUUCAUGAGUUACUUUUCAUUUCCUGUGUUACUUUUACUUCACUGUUGUGGUAUUGGCAAAUCCCUAAUCUGCAAAGGGCAUGUGGCUGCUAAAGUAGCAGCAAAGAGUCCAAUUAAAUGCUAAGUCAAAUAAAUAAGUCUUCAGACGGAUUUUAAACUGGCUAAAAGACUUGCACAUUCUAAUAGCCAGUGGUUGAGUGAAUGCAAAUUUUGCAAUUUAAAAGCAUGAUGCAAAUACUUAUGGUCAUCCUAGUGUAGAAAAAGCUCAUUGGUUUCAGUGGAGAAGCCACAGGCAAUACAGAGCAAUGAAUAAUGGCUUGAGCCCCGCAUGGUUGCAUACAAUAAUCUGUGCCAACGUAGAAAGCCAACCAGACACAAGAAAUUUAGCGCUUUUCAGGCAUUCACUUGCUUAACCUGAAAACAACAUAACGUGGAGAAGAUAUUAGAGUUCCUUUUCAGAGUGUGAGUUUUUCACAGGGAGGAAAUACAUAAAAGAAGCAUGAGUACUGGGGUCUCCCCUCACCACUGCUUUUGUGUAACAUUCAAAACUGCCCUCCCUGGGGAUAUAGGUGAGAAAAGUAACUAGUCAUCUCCCAGUCCAAUCAUAGACCUUCUUUGGGUUGAUCAGCUGCUUCUGGGGCCCAUUGCUCUGUUACAAUGGAAGAUGAAUUUAUGAGGAAUUGACAUUGUAUUCAUGUUUAUGUUUUAAAUGCCAUGGCUGCAAUCCAUGAUAGGUAGGAGUCAUAGUGAACUCAAAUCUUUCAUGUAUAGCAUUGCACUGUGUCUUAUUUUAAUAUUGCAUCUUGUUUGACUUUAUGCAAGAUGCCUUGGUGCUAUUUGGCAAAUGGUGGGGCGUAAGUAUUUUUAACUAGUGCAUCUAAGAGAUGCUCCUUUCAGCAGCUGCACCAACAGUGAGGUUCUUCCAUCUGGAGACAAGGAUAAGGUCUUCCCCCUCUUCCUUUAGGAAGCAACAAUAAGAUUAGGAUAAUGCAUGCUCAUCACACAAAGUAAUAGACAAGCAUUCCCCUUGUCAUAGAAUGCUUUGAGGACACAUGAUUCAGCAAGCUAACUGUACUGUCUCUUUUUAACAAGUGGGAAGACUCUCCCCCCCCCUCAGCUACAACUAAGCCCAGUGCCAUCUAGUGACUAGACCAUAAAAUGGCAUGAUCCACUUCUAAUGAUAAGAGCCAAUUCAGUGAAGGGAGCAGAUCUGCUAAAGAGAAUAGGUGGUUUGUGUUUGCACUGGAAUUCUGUGCCUGCUUAGAUCUACGCCUGCACGGAAGUGUUCCCUCCACUGAAAUAAAUGGGGGAAGUUCGUAGGUGUAGGAACUUCAAGUGUAUACCAUAUCACAUAGAGGUGGGUUGAUAGAUCAGAAUGAUGAAAAUCUUCCUUCUCUCAUAGCAGGGCAUCAGUUCAGAUUGUUUUAUUCAGCAAGAUGUUCCGGGUUGUGAUUUUGGGUCAGAAAUAUAUUAAGUAGUUGGCAUUAUACGAUGAAUAUAUUUAGGAUUAUAAAAGCAAUUAAAAUCGAAACUUUAGGAGUUCAGUAGACAUGCAGAAUAUAUGACAGACACUUCUUCAUAAAGUUCAACCCCCUUUGGGUUUUAAGUCAUCAUUUUGCAAUAAAAACCACUAAGCACUUUAUCCAGUGAGAUGUACUUCCUUCUUGCAAGUCCCUGGAAAUAUGCAGAUGUUAGGUUUUAGCCACAGGAGGGCUCUCAGAAACCAAUAAUAUUACAAGGAAAGAAGUCUGUACUUUUGAAACUAACAAAACAAAACAAAACAAAACAAAACAAAACAAAGCAAAACAAAACAUGGGUAGCUCAGCUGUAAUAUGUGGCUGGGAGCUUUGUGGGGGAAAUGUCUCUUGAUCUACAUAAGGAAAUUUUAAAAAAGACGUAAAUGCCCCAUUCUGUCCAUUUCUUCUCCUUUUGCCUCCACUGAAUUUAGCUGCAUUUUUAAAGUUAAAUUAUAACAACCCACAUCAGACUUCUGCAACAUCAUCAUCAUCAUCAUCAUCAUUACUACUACUACUGCUACAAAAUAUGUAACAUAGUAACAGACAAAAGCAAUACCCCCAGUUUAAUAAUAAUAAUAAUAAUAAUAAUACCCAGAGAUUGUUUAAUUAGGCAAAGGCCUGGAAGAAGAAUGUUUUUGCUUGGCACCUGAAGAUAUCUAGCGAAGCCACCAGGUGAGUCUCCAUGGAGAAAGGAUUUCACAAGCAGGGAGCCAAGCAGGGGGUGAGAUUGGGGUCUGUGGAUUUCUUAAAGGGCCUCCUACCUUUCCUCCCAUAAUUCAAGUACAGUAUGCGUAUAUCAAAAUUGACAAAGAGUCUUCUGACACCUUAAAGGUCAACAUAUUUAUUACAGUGUAAACCUUUGGGAGUAGAAGUCUGCUUCAUCAGAUGCAUGAAGAUCCCCUCUUUUUACAAAUAUGCAGGCACAGCUAGACUUGCAGCAUCAAAAACCACCACACAACAUCAUAGUGUGUGGGUGUUGCUGUGUCAUUGCCAGGGAUAUGCUACUUUCCAUCCUAUCAAAAGUUCAGGUAUGUUCUGUAAGUAGAAGACAAACUGGUCAAGCUCUGUGCCAUAAUCUCAGUUCAAGUACAAUGUGCUCAUGAUAUUGGAGUAUGAGCUUUUGAAUAGUUAGGAUGUUUGAACAGCAAUUAUUGCCCCCUAGUGUCUUUCAAAUUAUAUCUACGAUGUUACUUGCUGUAUUUAUUUCUGGUGCGUUGUUAAUAAUAUUACACAAAACCUACUCAAAAAAGAAAAUUAAGCAGGAGACAAUGAACAAGUAUGUGUAUUGUAAUCACUUCCUUAUUUAAGCAUUUUGGGAGGCUGAAGUCAAGGCCUUAGUGAUAAAAGUGCGCAUAAUCCUUAUCAUCAUGAUAGCAACACAGAAAGAUGUUUGAGUUGUUCAGUAUGUUGUUCAAUAUGCUGAAAGUCAGAGCCUCCCAAUCUAACUGAGACAAUAUUGUGUAAUCUGUUUAAUUAAGUGGAUUUCUCACUCUUAGCAUCUAAGUAAUGCUUUAUUGCAAGGACAUUUAUUUUAAUUAGAUUAAUUUCCAUGCCCUACUUUUAGUUUCUAGUUGAGUGACAUGUGGCUUUACAAAGUGAUGCCCAAAGAAGUUACAGUUACCAGGAUCUGCAUAUGCAGCCCAGUAUUAUGCAUGUUUACUUGAGUGCUGUUGUACUCAGGUCUUGUUUGUGAGGUUCCUCUAGGCAUCUGGUUGUCCACCGUGAGAACAGAAUGCUGGAUAAACUGGGGCCUGACUCUGAUCUUAUGUCCCUGUUGGAUGUACUUCCAGGUAACAGUGCAUAGGGCUGUAGCUGAGAAGAGUAAUCUGACCCCUUAUCCACCAUGCUGGAGGGGACUUGAUGGAACGGAGGUGUACCUCUGGUCAGCCCUGCCAAGCUCCACCUACCUUCACUGGUGGAGGCAUUCCACUGUCAGCUGGAAAGCCUCACCAGCACAGAGUACGUCAGUGUGUCUGCAAAAACAGUAGGUAGAAGCUACCACUGCUGCCAUCCCUGCUGGCAGUAGCCAGUGGAAAACUCUGAAACAAGGCAUUUCAAGGCUGUGCUGACCAGGCCCAGGAUCUUGGCCACUGGAUCUUGAGGUGGCCCUGCUGUUGUCACAUGAUCACUGUGGGUCUGUUCAGACCUAUAUGCUGCACUAGCCUUAGAGCUGGCAGUAGCAAAGGGGCAUAUUUUCCCUGCUCCACCACUUCCACCCUGGCUAGUGCAAGUGACAGGGCUAUGGAUGUGGCUCUAGUUGUCCCACUCUGUCAAGUCCUGCUUCCCCAGCCAGCAGCUAAGACUGCCCACCCCCCUCACCAAAUGGCAAGUGAACAUAUUCCAUGCAUGAAUCCCAUUCUUUUUCUCCCUACUUUCCUUUUCAUGAAAGCCAGCCAUGCUCUUUGAACUCCAUAGAUUUUUUUAAAAAAAGCAAUUUGACAAUUUGGUGUGAGGACCUAUUAGACCAAGUAGGUGCACAUGUGUUUUGCUCUUAAUUUACUUUUCAAACAAAAUUACACCAAAGGCACUUUUUUCUUUUUUAAAUCAACUGCAUUUAAAUAAAGGUUUGCGUGAUGUGUACAUGACACACACCCCUCUGAUAAUGUAAGAAGCACUACAUAUGUUUAGCACAGACAAAAUUUUAAAAGGUUCCAAAUCUAUAUAAAACAUCUGUAAAAACAAAACAAAGCAAGAAAGGAUAAAUGCCUCAUUUUGUUAAUAAUGCAUUCCUGAAUUCAGUUGCUAAAUUUUAUACAGUGGUACCUCAGGUUACAUACGCUUCAGGUUACAGACUCCACUAACCCAGAAGUAGUACCUCAGGUUAAGAAUUUUGCUUCAGGAUGAGAACGGAAAUCGUGCAGCAGCGACGCGGCGGCAGCAGGAGGCCCUAUUAGCUAAAGUGGUGCUUCAGGUUAAGAACAGUUUCAGGUUAAGAACAGACUUCCGGAACGAAUUAAGUACUUAACCUGACCACUGUACAUAUAACAAUAUAUGAAUGUACUGUUCAUGUUCAGGGAGCUGAGGAGGCCUGGCCUUAUCUUUCACGAUGGCCUUUUUAGCUACUGUUUUUGGAAGGCCAGAGGAUGGCCAUGAUUUGGCUAAAAUGGGGAGUUUGGCACUGUUGUUCUCCACUUCCAGUGACUGGUAUUCAGAGGCAUGUCGCCUUUGAUACUGAAGAGAGCAUACAGCCAUUGUGACUUGGUACCCUCAGUAGCCUAAUCCUCCAUGGAUUUGUCCAGUUUCCCUUUUAAAGCUGACAUUUGUUGACAUAGUUGAAGAACCAGUUUCCUUAUUGGCACCUCUUCCUCUUCCAUGACUGAAAUUGCAUUGCCUGGUUUUUGUCUUAAAAAUAGCCUUAUGGGCAAAAGGUUGAUGCUCUUAGGAAUUAAAAAAAGUUACCUUUCCCUUCUUUGGAAAAGGGUGGACAGGUGUUCAAACCAAGGAGUGUAGCGUAGAAUUUGGAAGGCCACCACCCUAUUCUCCCUUAGCCCAGCAGCGGGACUUGACUGACUGUGGCCUGCUAACUGUAGCCUUAGCCAUCCAAUCUACAAUUAUGUUGCCACAUGAUCACUCCUAAAUGUAGAUUACCUUAUUUAUUUUUUUGUGGGGAGGGUAGUAGAGCCAUGUAAACAUAUGAAACAAACUGAUGUAGCAAAGGUAAAAUGUGCAUGGACCUUACAGAAAUGAUCUGAGAAAUUGGAAGACUGGUGGAGUGGAACUCUGGACACAGCUAAUCCACAAAAGACUUAGAAAAUGGAAUGGAGGAAAUUGGUCUGCCCUUCUCUUUAAAUUUGAUAAAUUGCAAUGAUGUCAAUGGAAUCUUUUGUUCUGUUACCUUUCCAGCCUUUACUUAUAAAUGAUGGGAAAACAGUGAAGAACUCUGAUGGGAUUAAGAUGAACUUUCAGCAUAUUUACCCAUCUAUGCCAGAAUAUUACCUAAAGCCCUCCACACUAAUAAAUCUAAGCCCUUCUCGACAAAAAGCAACCUUUUAGAAAGGCACCUGCAAACAUGCAAAGUUUGCUAGGACUGAAGUCUAUUCCCCACUUUUGAAAUGAACCCACCAAUGAGGUAAUAUGGGAAGUGGAUCUUGGUAAUGUUUUUCUUUUCUUUUAUUUUGAUAAUCUACUAUUGAAUAGUCUCCAGAGUACUGUUGUAAUCUUUCUGCAGUGACGUCAGUGCAGCAAAUCGCUACAGUGAUUUAAAAAUAGUUUGUUCUUUGACUCCCCAAACUAUUGUGUGUAGGCUGGGUGGAAGGGGGAAAUAGUUAUAUUAUAAAUGUAGUUUUGGGUAGAAGUGGCCAUUCUUUCUGAUAUGCACAAUGCUAUUACUAUACAGUAUAACUCUACUAGACUGAUAAUAAUAUAAUAAGUUAAUUAACAAAAAUAACAAAGAUAGUGCAUAGCGUACAAUGUAUGAUCUUAUGCACCCUUCCUGAGAAAGCAUUUUUUCUUUGAAUGUGUGUGUAACUGAUGUUGCUUUGAAAAUUUAUAUGUUAAUAUAAAAUAACUAGUUCUUAACAACCAGAAACAAUGGCUUCAUCUUGGCUUUAUUCUGCUAUUACACCCUGGUGACUGGAUUUUAUGGACGUGCUGCUGCUCAAAAUUGUCAUAUGAAUGCUGUUUUCUGAAAUGAGUGUAAAAUGCUUUGGGGGGGGCAUUUAAUUAGCCGUUCAAUUUGAAAUAUUAUAGGUUAAGCUGUGUGCCUUUUGAAUAUUUCUGCUUAAUUUUGUGUAAUUUAACUGUACUAUAUACAGAAAGCUGUUUUAUUAUUUCUUACAAAAUGUUGUGUUUUACCCAAACUGAUAUGAACUAUAUCACUAAGUUAUACCAUGACUGAUCUUACUAUUUUUAAUGGAAUACCAAUGGUUUAGGGACAGCCAACAUAACUUGCUAGGGCAGGUACUUCAAAUACACAUGAAGUGAGUAAGCCAGAGACUUGAUUUUGAAAUAUUUUAAGGCAUUCAAAUGAAUGCUACAUUUUUAUUAAAGGGUUAUUCAGUGGAGAAUUUUAUAUGUUCCAUUUCAUAUUUGCCCCUCUCAGUGCUUAUUAGUUGUAAUUACUUUUUAAUGAUUUAUCUUUCUUUAGUGAAGGAAAAACAAUUAUAGGAUUUAAAUAUUAUUAAUAACCAAUUUGAUAAGAAAAAAUGAACACGAUAAAAAUAUAUUGAUCUCUGAGUCCAGAUUACAGCUGUUGACUUAGUUUCUAGCAUGAAUUGCUGUUCUUCCCAAAUUCCUGUUCUUCUUCUAUUUUGGGCAAUAAUAAAUGCAACAAGCGCUGAUCAGUAUGUUUACUACAUGUAAACAACACUCUGUAGGACAGUAUAAUAUUUCAAGUUUGUCAGGUUGUCUACUGAUUUGAAGGUUGUGGUUUUUUUACAUAGCAUUUUGUAAAAAACCGAGGCAGAACUCAAUUUUACACGAGAUCUCAAACUUCUAUCAGACUUUGGCUCUUUCUUUCCGGUUCCUGUAGCUUAGCACAGCACUUAGGAUUCUGCCACACGAUGCAUUUGCCUACCUGCUCGUCAUUGGCUGGUGGGUGGAUGGCCAUGCAUCGUGCCAUGCAUGGUGUUACAUCAUUGAGGAUGGAUCCAGACUUCGCUUCUGUGGGUGAGAUCAUCGCCUAAGUAGAGUUCCAUUCAGGGAAUUCUCCCUCCGGCGAUUGUAGGAGAUGACCUUUGCUGAUUUGCCCUGCCACCUCCCAUGCACCCUCCCAUACUGUUCUGGAGGAUGCAGGGGGAUGGGACCCUCCAGAACAAUAUGGGAGGUGGUGCAGGGGGUUGCAGGGAGAGAUGGGAAAUCAGGAGAAGUUGCCUCCCAGGCAUGAUCUCUCUACAUCUACAGAAGUCUAGAUCCCCACCCAUUGUGAAGAGGAGAGCAAGUAACCUUUGAUGCCUGAUUCAGCUGUCAAGCAGCUUCCAACAACUCAUGUAUAAUAGGAAACAUUUUUGCCAUAAAUGAAUAAAUGCUCUGAAGUACUGGUACUUCUGUCUGAUCCUCAGGAGAUUUUCUCCAUGAGGUGACCCUGCUGUGAGCUUUGUUUGCGGCUCCUUUAAGUAGUAAAUACUAUGGAUGUAUAUCAACUUUGUUUGUACCUCAAAUGAUGAAGUGAAUUGGGAUGAUUUGGGGAAAACUCAAUUUCUGAGUUGGAUUGUGCUUGUUAAUAAGGCACCUUGUGGUAGAUUAGGGAUUCCCUAAGCUUCUAAGUGUCUAUGUGGCUUUAGCAGACCAAAGAAAAAUAUGGCCAUUUCCCUCCACAUGCACACAACUCAAAGAAACAAAACCAAGCUGACUUGAAAAACACCCAGAGCUUGGAAGGGAGGGGUUGAGGAAUCUUUAUCUUUGACAUACAUUUCUAGUUUUUCUUCAGUCAAUUAUUUCCCCAGGUUACUCCAAUCCCAGUGAUUUGGGAGAGGGACUAAAAAAUGUGUUUGGUUUUUUAGUUGAUCUAUGCCUUCCCCUAUGCAAGUCAAUUGUAUUCCCCCAAACUGGGGACAUGACAGAACAGAAGCCUCCCCAGAACCUAGUGGUGCUACCACCACCAAGUUUACUAAAUAUUCACAACUGGGUGCAAGAUUGUCUAUCAGCUAAUCAACAUGAAAAUACAGUAGUACCUCAGGUUACAUACACUUCAGGUUACAGACUCCGCUAACCCAGAAAUAGUGCUUCAGGUUAAGAACUUUGCUUCAGGAUAAGAACAGAAAUUGUGCUCUGGCAGCGCGGCGGCAGCAGGAGGCCCCAUUAGCUAAAGUGGUGCUUCAGGUUAAGAACAGUUUCAGGUUAAGAACGGACCUCUGGAACGAAUUAAGUACUUAACCCGAGGUACCACUGUAUACCUGAAAUUUCUAGAAAGUAAUACUUUGUUUUCUUCUUCUUUUUUUAGCGUCUUGUUGAAGCUGCUGAAGAUGCUCAUUUGAAACAUGAAUUUGAUGCUGAUUUACAGGUAGGAAAAAAUAUAUCUUUUUGA